CCCGGCCUCUCCUGCAGGGGCUGGGCUGAAAACAAACCUUUCUUCCAGGAAGCGGGUCAGUUUGAAAAGAAGGGGGGAGAUAAUUCUGGAAGCAGAGAUAACAAGUGAAUGAAUUCCAGGUAGGUAUUUAUUCCUUUUAAUAACAGAUGAAUGGUGAGUUCACUAUUAGUGCACUAUAGAGCAGGCUGGUUCACUAGUGACAAUCUCAAUAUAAAGGGCUUACAUGUUAUUCUGUAUCAGUAUGUAGACUCAGUCACAGCUAUGUAUUGGAUCAGUUACUUGACAUAUUUCAAUAUGAUGUCCUAACAAGGUGUAUAGAAUCCUUCACUUCCCCAAAGUAGCAGCAGCUGUUACAUAUUAACCCUUCAGAGACACAGUGCUCUCAGAUAUGUCCAGACAUGCUAUGGGUCUCUUGGUCCUGUCACCCUGUUCCAGUAUUACCUGUGUAGCAGUAAAAUAAUCAGGUUCAACUGGAUUUUAUUAAAUACUGAAAUGUGAUGAAUUUAACAACAAUUUGCAAUAUUUAGACAAAAUGGUUAAGCCGUAACCAUACCAGUUGGAUAGUUGUUUUUCUACAUCACUAAAGUUUGAAAUAUUAGUGAAUGACACUAUCUGCUUCCUCUGUUAUAAUUCACAGUUUACAAGCAGAGUGUUACCAGGACAAGUCCCCACGGCGCCAAGUUGCUAGUGUUCUGAAAUGGCAGCAGGUUGAAGGUUUAAUUUUACUAACAGCUUGUUCCACUUUCUGUACCCCUUUCUGCCCAAUAUAAAUUCUGAGGAAGGGGCAGGGAGCGCAGUCAUUAAAACAGGCUCAUGAAUAAGGAGAAAUACAAAGAUUAAAAAGUAGUUGGAUUUUUCUAUCCCCUACCAUUUCUUACGCAGUCCCACGGUUACUGUGUGUGUUUCUUACAAAGUUUAUUUACUAAAUUGAGAAAUUAAAGUGAAUUUCACAUAAGGCUAAAUUAGACAAACUGGAAGCAUAGCUGUGUUUGAGAAUUUUUGAGGUUUAGCUAUUUUGACCUUAACAUGACAUGCAUCACAUCGAGGCUGCCUCGAUUAAAAAUCUUAGAUCACUCUGCAGGCUGAAAAAAGCUGGUAAAUAUUAUUUUCUUCUGAUUUCCACACCCACUCCAGGGGGGACACUGAUCUAACCAAUCAGUGUCCUAUCCCUAGGAAUGCUUGAAAAGUGCACUAGGCAUGCCUGACAAAUUUACACACGUGCAUGGAAGAAGUAGCGUAAUUAAAGUAGAGAGGACCUGGGUGCAAGAAUUUGUUUGGGCAGUCUUAACCCUGCAAUGUACUUAUUGCAGUUUAUCAGAAAGGGGACAGGGACAUAGCACCCAGACCACUUCAAUAAGAUGAAGUAAUCUGGGUUCCUAUAGUGUCCCUUUAAGCGAUAUCCCACAAAUACAACAGUACCACACAUGUACAGGUUACAUGAGGCUUUGGAAAGUUAAAGAGCAAAACAUGGGGCUUGGCCAUUUCAGUCUUCAUACCUGGAAAUGUGAGGAAGUGAUUCUCUGGGCCUAUGUCACAUUUGAGACAGUAUAACAGUCUGUGUAAUAAUAUUUACACCGGGGAUCCAGAUAUAAGAGUAGUCGGUAUAACGAGCUAAUAAGUCAGUACAGGAAGCUGGCAAAGAGUAAUAUGGAUUAGGGGUCUGGCGAAAUAUGUCUGACAAAAACUUCAGGGUGUACUCUUGGAAAGUGUUUUGCUUCCAUGUGGCUGCUUUUUUGUAAAGUGUAUAGGAAAUUUAUACUGCAAUCUUGAUAACUGCUUUUGUACAAGGUCUUUGAAUUAAUGUGAAUCAGAUAUGGCUGAGUACACUGGUAAGCCAAAUCUACUCCACCAUAUGCGUGAGGUAUUCAACAAUGCACUUUGCUUCUCAAUGUGUGUGUUGCUUCUGCAGACUGGCACUGUGCUCUCAUCAUGAAAUGUGGACAAUAUGUACAUGUCUUUUCUGUCAGUGUACCUAUGGGCCAGCACCUCAUCCUGUCGCAAUUCAGUUGUGCCUUUGCGGUUUUUGCCAGAGGUUAGCUUUGUGGAGGGGGGUACCUUUCUGGUUCUUUUGCACUGUGCCCCAGUCUGGCGUAUCAAAGUAAAAUGAUUUUUUAAAUAGAUCUAUGAUAGUAUAAAAAUGAUCUAGCCAUAGGUGCUAUCCCUUAUUUGUUAAUGAGAGGAGGAGAUCCCAUACAGUUUUGCAGAAGACAUGGCUGAUAGACAUAUUCGGUGUUAUACUUCCAUAGCAAACAUAAGGAUUACAAAAUAUGCAAGAACAUCUCAAUGAGUGUGUCAAAAAGUGGUCCAAACUAGUGAAAAAAAGGUGAGGAUCAAAAUAUGCCACUUCAGAUAUUCUGAAGUGUCUUCUUUAAGCAAUAGUAGGCCUUUGUGGGGUAGUUUGAACAAGCAACCUGUUGGAAUGUUCCAAAAUAAGACAUAGCUCCAUUAAAUCCAUCUAUAACUCCUUUUUAAUAUGCCAAAUUUAUCACGUUUCUUAUGGCACGGGGAUUUCACAAAAUAGUGACAAAUCCAUACAUUGGGGCAGGGCUUGACAAAUUUGCUUGAAAAGUAGGAGUCAGGUUUUAUUUAUUUUUUUACUAACAAUGCAUUAUUUUCAGAGACAUAAAUACAAUUCUUAAAAGGACACUUUAGUCACCAGAACCACUUCAAAUUAAUGAAGUGGUUCUGGUGUAUAUAUUCUGUCCAUAUAGGCUUUUCAAUGUAAACACUGCAUUUUCAAAUAAAAAAAGAUGAUACUGACUGGUGCAGCGCAUCAUUUUGCCACAAAUAUGCAAUAGCCUCUCAGUGCUUUCCUAUGGGAAAGCCUUGGCUUGGUGGAGAUAAUCAAGAUUGAUUAUCUCAGCCAUGGAGGUGGGGCCAGCCACAGCAAGACCGGCAUGGUGUGGGAAAAAAGGCAAGUAAAAACCCCUGUCCCAUGCUAUCAGUGGGGGGCCAGUUACCUAAACAGACACUCACUGACAGACACAGAAACACACUCAUACCGACAGACAUUGACUCAUAUCCCAACACCCGGCAGGGCGCGCACAGGAGCAGAGCAAGAGGAGACAGAAAAUUGUCACUUAGCCGGUCGCUUCCACUGUCGCUCAGCCAGCCACCUCCAUUUUCCCUCGCCGCUGCACAGACAGAAAAAUCCCAUUUGUCGAGCCCUGAAUUGGGCUAUUGUUGUAUACAGAGGACAGAGCAGAUGAACAGUCACACUAUGCCCCAAAAUGAGACAUAAUCAAAUUCAUCUAUGAAAUUUCACACCUAAAAAGAUGAAAUUAUGUGGUCUCUUAUAUGGCACUGUAACGUCACAAUACUGUGUCUAUGGCAGAAGAUGUAGCAGAGCAUAAUUUUAUUUUUUUAAUUUCUAUUACAGUAGCACACAUCAGAUUUACAAAACACCUAUCAAAAUUGUACAAAAAUGCAAAAAACAUUAUAUGUAUAUUUUUUUAUAUACAAAUGUUGACAUACAUUGGUGAAAAAAUUGUGACACAUUAAAGGGACACUAUAGGCACCUACUGUAGGCAGAGGGAGCUAUAGUGCCAGGAGUACAGCUUUGUAUUCCUGGAACUAUAGUAUCCCUUUAAGGCACAAUAUACACAAUGUGAGAUACCUUGCAGUGUCUAGUAUUACAAAUUAACACUAUUUCAAUUCCAUUAGGACCACAAAGCUGUUUGCGAAAUACCUUUUUAGAUGGCUAAGUUUUUGAGACUUGUGCUCCUAGGUCCUAAUGGCCUUAUCUAAACCUGCUUCUUAGUUUUCUAAAUGUAUUACCUGUUUUUGGAGCUAAACAGCCCACGAGCUGGAAACCUUUCAAGUAAAAUCUUUGAAGUAUUUGUUCUCGUUUGUGAUAUCCCAUUGCGGCAAAAAUAUUUAUCUAAGGAAAUCCUUACUAUAAUAUUUUGUAUGUACACCGCGUUGGCAAAGAUGAGUAAGUCAAUAUCUGUCAUCAUACGUGACUGGCUGGACAAAAGAAGUGGUUAAAGUGUCGGUACUGGAGUCUACAUGUUGCAGUCAAUUAAGACAGUUUAAAAAUAGGAACUACCAGGGAGUGUUUUAUUGACAUUUAUCCUCUUUGAAGAGGGUUUUUUUCUUUUUAAUCUGUGUUUAUUUGGCCUUGUGAAGGUUAAUUGAUCAUGUAACAUUGAUUAUGGAAAGUGCGUCCCCUGCUGGGUUGUUCAGAUGUUAUGGUACUUUAUCAAUAGUAUUGGAUUCAGACGUCUGGUUGGCUUUUUCCAGUAAAAGUCUGUUUUCGUUACUUUGUAAUUUUUUGUACUGGUUCGUAAUUUUUUAAAGUAUUCUGUAGUGGUUACGGUACCAGGAGUCACCUGGCACUGUCUGACCGUAAACGCUUUAACAAAUGGUUUGACACUGACCGGUUUGAGUGCCUGUGCUGCUUGUGGUUUGAGCUGACCUCGUAAAGCGAACAGCUGACGCUCUAAGAUAAAGUUUAAUGUUACAACCUAGUAUGAGCUUAUGUGAAGUGUUUACCAUCACAACUUUGUCUUCUGUGAAAAGUCCUCUCUGAGUUUUGCUUUAGAGAACAGCUAGAUUAAAGUGGACUUCCCACUGUGCUCGAAACCAUGUGCCGUCUGUUCUUCCAUAUACCUCUUCCCACGUUUUCCUCACUCCUUGUCUCUCCCUUAAUCCCGCAUAUUUUAAAACAUUGCCACCAUUCAGUAUGUGAACAGGGCCUGUUUAAUAAAGUGGUCUGGGUGCUGGUGGUCUUAGUUUUAACACUGCAAUGUAAAAUAUUGCUGUUCAGUAAAUGCAGUAAUAUUUACAUUGCAGGUUUAGAUAGGCCUAUAAUAGUCAUUUUCCUGACAACCACUAGAGGAGCUUCUGCUGUGAGAACCAAGUAAAUUUUCUCUAUGAGGAGCAUUGGCUUUAAAGGGACACUGUAGGCACCCAGACCACUUCAGCUAAUUGAAGUGGUCUGCGUGCUGUGUCCCAUUUGCACUUAGUGCUGCAAUGUAAAACAUUGCAGUUCCAGAGAAUGUUUACAUUGCAGCUCUAAGUCUGCCCUCAGUGGCUGUCUACCAGACACUAAAGGGCUUCCGGAGUCCAAACUGACUUUUGGUCCGUUAUCUGACGCUGGACGUCCUCACAGACCUCAAGCAUCAGAUUUUUCCCAUAGGAAAGCAUUGAAUAAUGGAGCACGGGCGGAGCCUGACCCAGCGCAGAGGGACAUCGGUGCUGGAUUCAGGUAAGUCACUGAAGGGGUUUUAACCACAACAGGUUUGUUUUCCUGGCACCAUAGGAUCCCUUUAAGACGUGUCAAUGUAAUGUUAAAGGAUGCAGGCUGUGCGGCUGCUGGACUGGAUUUCUGCGUGGAAAAAAAAGUAAGUAAAACCGUUUUUUUCCCAAUUUAUACUUACAUUGGGAGAUGGUCAGAUUUGAAAAAAAAAGGAUAACACUAUAUACAGGCUUGUAUUCCUAAUUCGCUAGUGUUUGUUUAAAGUACCAAUUUGGGCACCAUAACAACGUAAUUUAAAUUAAGUUGUUAUGGUGGCAGGAGAUCCAUGGCGCUGACUCAGCUUUAAGAGCUAAACGGUUCAUGAAUGGUUUAAUCCCAACGUUGGUGUUUCAGCGCCGGAUUGCUCUUCCUUCCUGUCCUUUUGCUAUCUUAAAUGGUAGAUAUCGGAGGUCUCCGGCAGGGACGCCGCUUAGAGUGGUCUGCUGACUCACUAAGCCAAUCAGUUUUCCAUGCAUAGAAAAGGUAUGCAACUUUUCCAAAAACAAUAAUUAGUUUUGCUCUAUAAGCUCAAACCUUUUGUCUCUCCCUUCCAACCUACAUAUUUUUCCUUUUUGAUCAACUAAUAUCAAUCUAUGUGAAAUCUUUCUGUGAAUUGUAGUGUAAGUUUUUUUUAGUGUUCCAAGGUAGAAAAUCCUUACUCUUGUGCGUGGAUUUAUCGUAUAGUGUCUGCUAUAAAAAGUUAUGAAAUGUCAUAAUUGGCUGAGUCACUGCUUGUUCUGUGCUCGCUAUAAAUGUUGCAAUGCCAGAGGAACUUCAAUUGUGAAUAUCCUUUUUAUUGUAUAUGUUAUGCAUUACCUGCAACUGUACAUUAACUGGAAAACAGUCAAAAUGUCCAUCUGCACCUUUAUGUGUAAUUUGCAGUUUGAUUUUUGUAGUUAAAAGUGACGUUCUAAUGCACAUUAAUUAAGAGUGUUUUAUUGUUGUAGAAGUGCGCUAGGAUCUGGAAUGUGCAAAAUUUUUCAGCACCUCUUAAUUUUUUGUUUAAUUAAAAUUAGGGCUAUAUAUGUCUGCAUUAAAGAGAUUCUGUAGUGCCAGAAAAACAAAGCUGUUUUCCUGGCACUAUAGGUUCCUACAGUGCCCCCCUCCCUCGCACCCACCUUCCCGGGGCGCCGAAUUAGUUAAACCCCUUCAGUCACUUACCUGAAUUGAGUGCCGACGUCUCUCGGCGCUGUGUCAGACUCCGCCCAUGCUCCUCCCCUGCCGACAUCAGCCAGCGGGUGAGACCUAAAGCGUAUGUGCGGCAAUGGCCGCUUACUUUACUAUUUCCCCAUAUGAAAGCAUUAUUCAGUGCUUUCCUAUGGGAGUCCGGUGUCGUGGGAAGUUCUCAUGCAUAGCGUGAGAACGUCCAGCGUCAUUUAGAUGACCAAAAGCCGUCUAAGCACCCGGAAGUCCCUCUAGUGGCUGUCUGGUAGACAGCCAAAGAGGUGGUGUUAACCCUGAGAGGUAAUUAUUGCAGUUUCUCAGAAGGGUUAAGGGACAAAGGGACACUGUCCCUUUAAUAACCUAUUUCUUUUAUGUUUACUUUUUCUUCUAAGCUGUAUAUUCAAUGCUUUAUUCAUGAGCCUUAAGCAAGGAAUCAUAUCCGUUAAUUAUACUCAUUUUUUCCCCUGCAAUUUGAAUGGAAUGAUUUCAUUUUUAGAUUAAACUACAGAAUGUGCUGGCCUUUUCUGGAGAAAAUAAAAUACUUCUAUUUUCAGAACAUUAUGUAAGCCAAUAACUCAAUGAUAUUAAUUUAUUAAGCAGUCAGUCACAAUUAUAAAGAAAUCUAUGGCUGGUAGAUCAGGAUUGUGGCUCCCUGUACCCUGGCUCGGUACCUCCUCCAGGGGCCACUUCCUAGCUGGGGACGGGUAGGGGACUAGCACUGUCCACUCCCAGGGACUGGCCGGCACAAAGCUCUGGAAGCUUAUUAGUCCUUACAAGGACUUUUCCUGUGGACUCCUCCACGGGAUGGAGCAAGCUGGCACAUUGAUUAGCCCGUUACUCCCCCCCCCGGUAAAUGGAUGACACACAGCUCUGGGAGUCGAACUGAAAUGCUUUAUUGGUACAGUCAAUUUAUACACAGACCCCCAUAGGGGGUCUCCAUUCUAUUCAUCAAAAGUCCGUCAGUCUCAGACUGGAUGGGGAUGGUUUACAGAACAUCUCCCACUCUUGGUGAUAUAAACAAUUCAACACUUGCAUACAGUAAUACACAUCACAUACAUUGGGGAAACCUUAGGGACUCCGUGCCCCGGGAAGGAAAUGGGGCGCACACACAUAAAACAUACAUCCCUGGAUAGCCCCGGAGCCCUGCAAAUUGUAUAAAGAAAACAUUGUAUAAAGUCUGGGCUUGAUGCUCCGUACAUCCCCGCAAGUAGUUCCACGGAAUUGCUUGGUUUAAGCUGGCAAAUUCAAACUUCGCGCCUAAGUAAAUCAGCGGAUAGGGAGGGGAGGCAUUACGAGCUGAGCCCUUUAACUCGCGCCGGCCUAUCUGUAGAAAGGGCGUGUAUCAAGUUGGAAUAGUAGCUCCUCCUCCUAUUGGUCGCCUAAACUCUGUAGCGACCAAUCAGCACUUGCUCACACCGGCCUAUCAGGAUGAAGGGCGCGAAACCAACUUGCUGAGCUUCAGGGCGGCUAGCGUUACUCUUCAGCUGUGAAGCAGACUCACAGUUCCAGGGAUUCUGCUGGGGCACGCGUCUCUCUCCAGUGGAUAUCUCCACGUAGGUAGCACCGGAGGGAGCGCUCUUCUUGCAGCUACGAGCCUGGACUUGUAGCUCCUGGGUAGGGAGCCCCUGCAGCCGCUGUCUGGAUCUUCUCCGGUCAGUGAUUAUGGCUCCUUUAGGAGCAGGUAGGGCGAUCCCACGCAGGAGGACCUGAAAACAAUGCAGGCAAGAAAGUGGGCAUGGCACUCCGUGACGGCGUUCCGUCACAAGGAUAUUAUAGUUUUCUUCAAUCACUUGGAUGUGAUCCUAUUUACUCUGGACAUCUUGACUUUAACCCAUUAAGGACCAAUAAUAUUUAAUGCUAUUUUCACAAUCUGGUCUCUAACAACCUUAUGGUAUUGUGCAAUCUCUUACUUAAAGGGACACUAUAGUCACCAGAACAAAUGCAGCUUAAUUUAGUUGUUUUGGUGUCUAUAGCAUGCCCCAGAAGGCGAAAAGGCAAUGUUUACAUUGCCCCCUAGGGACACCUCCAGUGACAGUCACUUAGACGGCCACUAGAGGCGCUUCUUGGGUCAGUGAUGCACAGUGUGCAGAACCUAUGCUCAGCAUCACCACGCACUCCAUGGAUACCCUGAAUGUUCCUCAUAGAGAUGCUUUGAUUCAGUGCAUCUCUGUGAGGAGAUACUGAUUGGCACAACGCAGUAUCGUGCCUCUCAUGCGCGAUAGCCUCCCAAUGCUUUCCUGUAGGAAAGCAUUGGAUUGGCUAAGAUCAUCAAUUUUUAUUAUCUCCACCAAGGAGGCGGAGCAGGGGCAAGGCCAGCCGAGGCGAGACAGUGCUGGAAAACCGUGGUCAACGGGGACCGGCCACUUAAAAUGUGGUUUUACACCUACAAUAUCAGAAAUAGCAUAGUCUGCUCUAUACAUUCCUACUCUCUGGAUGGAAUUUCCAUUAUAACUUAAGAUCUUUGAAUGCUGUAUUGUUAUUACAGAAUUGUAUUGUCAUCUAUCCUGAAGAGUUUAAAUUAUGUAUUUUGGUGAUAUCUGCAAUGCUAUUUUUUUUAACAAAGUAACACUAUAGUUAUUCAUUUUUAUUUAUUUUGUUAUCCUGUGAGAAAUCAUGAUAGUCUCAGCCAAGGAGGCGGGAUGGUACCUCAGAGACCAGCAUUGUGAGGGAGAAAAGGUAAAUUUUUUUAAAUUUUUUUUUUUACUCCCUACAGGUGGAAGCUCAGGAUUUAAACGGCCACUGGGACACAAAUCAAUUAUUUCAAAUCAAUGGGCGUCUGCAGAGCUGCUGGUAGUAAUUUAAGGAUCACGUUAAGCAACAUGGCUGCUACAGCUCGGUGCUAAUGUGCCCAAAGCAGUCCUAGGCAAUAACGUCAUCUUUUACGCCAGCGUAGGGUCGUAAAUGACAAUAUUGUGCUAGUGAAACACGUGUUUCCCAGCCGGAAGCCUGGAGAAUAGAAUGUUCCACACAGAACGAUACAUCUACAAAUCUAGGUGAUGGAGCAGCAUGCUUUUUGUAGUAACUUUGCAUGGCUACUGUCAGUCAUGGUGAAGGUUAUAAACAUCUCCUGUUAAAGGAGCUUUGUCACUUAUAUGAUCUUUACAUUUUUACACCGAAAUACCAGCAAGUUCUCUCUGCAUGAGAGAUACAGCAGCUCCAGACGUUUGUUUCGACCCUGUCCCCAUGCUCUUCAUUUUGGAUGGACCUUUAUUGCUUCAUGCCUUCGCCCGCCUCAUUCUAAUACUGGUCACUGCUAAGAUGAGCGGGGUUAAUGGCAUUGGAUUUUAUAACCUUUUUUAUAUGCUUGUCCCAGUGGCAAUUUCUGAUGCACGUACAAAUGCAUGACGGACGCAGGGUUAUGGCAUCAGGGCCUGAUCCCAUUUACACUCGUACCAUCCUGGGAUCGGCACCUUUUCAUGGUUAAAGGCCCAUAAGCACGUUCAUUUGCGGUUCUAUUGUUUUCCUUUUCUAGUUGACACAGCUUAUUUUGACCCAGAUUUUUUUUUUUGUCUUUCUGUUAUCCCUGAUCAUCAUAGUUUUUGUGUUAGUAUUUCUGUCCUGGAUUUCGUAAUUUAGUUCUGCUACUUCAGAUUUUUGCAUUAAACCUGGCGACUUUGCGGUCCAGUAAUACGCGUCUUACUAUGACUUUCACUGUGUCUUUUAUUAAGUGCUGACUUAAACUUGCUGAAGAUUCUAUCCAUUGCUGGCAAAUCACUUAGGAUGUACACGAUCGGGUAUGGUCAAGUUUAACUUUCUCUGUGAUGUCAGACAAUGGGACGGACAUGUAGCUGUAGCUAUUUUUGCAAUUUAUUGUAGCUUCGGUACAUAAGAUGGAAGGGCAUGUGUGAACUAUAACCAUUAAGCAGUUCACAUGAGUUGGUUCUUGAAGUGUCCCUUUGAUAUGACAUCAUAGACCAUCAUUAGUCCUAAAGGGGUUAAAUACAGUAUUGCUAUGGAGCUCAGUGAAACUUAUGCACCAAAGCUCAUAGUAAAGGGGACAAAGUCAUUUGAGUUCUGAAGAAUAAAUGUGCUCGCUAAAUUUUAAUAUAUAAUAUGCAUCAAUUUGUGGCCCCUAGUAAGUGUUAACUGGCUUGAAGAUUGUUUUUGUUCUGAUUUAUGCGUACGGUCCAACAUCGUAUUGCUUGGACUGAGUUAUGAAAGGUGUUUUUCUUAGAGGUUCGCAAUCUUUCCAACGCCUACUCGUUGCGCCUGCUUGCCAUAUUUCCUCUGCUUCCCACCGAGUAAUAUUUUGCAAACCUUUGGAAUGUGGAGGAGAUUAAUUCUCCAAAAACAAUCUCCGUCCUCUUGAGUCUCCUCUAGCUUAGCUUCCUCAAGGCUUGGCACUCACUCAGGCUUUGGAGCACUUGAAGAAAUUGUUUUCUAAUUCCUGAAUUUUUCAGCUCCUAAUUAUCUCGUACAGGAUUCUUAUUUAGUCAGGUUAUGUGAUUGCUAAUUGAUCUUUUUGUUGUUACAUGGAUAGUCGCCAGUCACUCAUUUCUGGUGAGAAUUUUAUUAAAAGGACAACAAACGGGAAAAAAAAACUUAUCCAUUUAAACGGACACUCUGGUUUCACAGUAUAGAUUAAACUGCUACGUAAUUAUAUCUUUAUUUUUUCUUUCUUUCUUUUCUAAGCACUAUGUUACAUUUACUUUUUUUCACUAUUUAUCCUGCUUGCAUGUGAAGAUCACCCACUCUGCCAUAUAUUUCCAGCCGUCACUAAGAUCUAGUCCCCUCUUACAUUAUAUAUGCAUCAUUUUACAGAAUGAAUACUUUACUCAAUGGGAGGGGAAUAAAGCAGCUGCUUCCUUAUCUUUGAUGGCAUAUUGCAGAGGAAAUUGAAUCUUUGAUUUCUUGCAGUAAAAUUGCAUUCAGAGGUCUUAAUAUAUAGGCUGAUGGAGAUAAACUAAUUUAGCUCAUUUAAAAACAAAACACAAAACACCUGGGCAAAGGACUGUAACCCAGCUUACACCUUACAUUCAUGUACGGAAUCUGAUAGCGCUAUAUAAAUAAUAAAAUAAUAAUGUGUCGGAAGGCUGGAGUGUCCCUUUAAUAAUAUAAACCCACCCAGUAUAACUGUAACCUAACCUACACAGUGCACCUAAUGUGUGUGGAAGCCUGGAGUGUCCCUUUAAUAAUAUAAACCCACCCAGUAUAACUAACUGUAACCUAACCUACACAGUGCAUCUAACGUGUGUGGGAGCCUGGAGUGUCCCUUUAAUAAUAUAAACCCACCCAGUAUAACUAACUGUAACCUAACCUACACAGUGCAUCUAACGUGUGUGGGAGCCUGGAGUGUCCCUUUAAUAAUAUAAACCCACCCAGUAUAACUAACUGUAACCUAACCUACACAGUGCAUCUAACGUGUGUGGGAGUCUGGAGUGUCCCUUUAAUAAUAUAAACCCACCCAGUAUAACUAACUGUAACCUAACCUACACAGUGCAUCUAACGUGUGUGGGAGCCUGGAGUGUCCCUUUAAUAAUAUAAACCCACCCAGUAUAACUAACUGUAACCUAACCUACACAGUGCAUCUAACGUGUGUGGGAGCCUGGAGUGUCCCUUUAAUAAUAUAAACCCACCCAGUAUAACUAACUGUAACCUAACCUACAUAGCGCACCUAACGCGUGUGGGAACCUGGAGUGUACCUUUAAUAAUAUAAACCCACCCAGUAUAACUGUAACAUAACCUACACAGUGCAUCUAACGUGUGUGGGAGCCUGGAGUGUCCCUUUAAUAAUAUAAACCCACCCAGUAUAACUGUAACCUAACCUACACAGUGCAUCUAACGUGUGUGGGAGCCUGGAGUGUCCCUUUAAUAAUAUAGCCCACCCAGUAUAACUGUAACCUAACCCACACAGUGCAUCUAACGUGUGUGGGAGCCACUGUACAUGUCUAUAGUAUGGCAAAAACAAGCAAACAUUUUUUUAAAGUAAAAUAUAACAUUACUCGGUGCAUGGAAAAAUUAACUUGAGGGUAUCUGAUAGAUUAUAAUGAAAAGGCUAGUGCCGAUCCACAUCAUUUUAACACAGAUUAGUUAUGUCGGCUUCCUCAAGGCAGAUAAUCCCAAUAAUAGGGGCCCAGUGUGGGCAUCCAUGACUGGAGAAAACGAAACCUAAAUAUGUAACUGUAAGUCACAUGCACACAUCGAUUAUCAAAUUGAAGCAAGAUUUUGCCACAAACUGGUCGAAUAGGCCCAGCACAAGAACAGUUUUGGGGAAUGCAAGUCACGGGAGCAGUCAUUCACCCUAUUCCAACCCUUAGGGCUUUAUGUGCUCAGAGUGUGGGCCGUGUUUUGCUGGUUUUUCUGUUUGUUUUUUAAUGGCUGUGCCCGGUGAUGGGAUCGUUGGAGCAUAUCUAAAAUGAAACCUUCGGACUUUCCAGGAAUGACUUACGAUUAAAAUGUGCACAGGAAACCUGUUUAAUUUUCUUUUUAUUGAUAUCUCGGUUAUUACAGCACAAAAGACGAGAUGGGUUUGAAGGUCAGGAUUAGUUCGAGUCAAGUACGGGGCAUGUUUGAAGACUGUCACUUUCCUGGCACUUAGUCAUAGGAUACGUCUGGUUAUGAAACUGUGCAGGACGAGCACUUAAUGCCUGACGCUUUGUUUAAACCUCUCGCUCGGGCUGGCUUUUCCUCUGUUAGAUGGUUUAUUGCUCUGUUAUUGCCUCUGAUGGAUUGUCCCUAUUUUUAUCAGCCGUUUCAUGUUCUCAUCUGGGUGUUAUUGUUUAUAAGCUCCAUAUAUUUACCUUUGUAUGUCUCUGUAACAAUUGCUUUUAAAGUGACGCUUUCCACUGUUGGCUGCAGAUCCUUCGUGGCACUUACAUGGGAACCAUCUAUUUCCAAGGUUACCUUCUAUAAACAAAUCACUUUCCAUAAUUUAUCAGUCAAACCUUUUAAAUAGCACGUGAGAAAAUGUUUACUUUAAUAUCACUAAAGGCUUGAAAUAUUUUCUAAAUGUAUCGCAUUGUUUUAGAUUUGUAUCUCCAUAAUUUUAUUAUAUCUCAAUAUUGGGAGCCUUUUGGGAAGAUGGAGGGCGUGUGUGUGUGGUAGUGACGUUGUGCCUGUCAUUUUUGAGUAAAAGUGACAAAAAAAAUUGGUUGUGUCUGCCAAAUGCCUAUGUGCGCAAGGAAAAUGGAAUAAUGGCAAAUAUGGGGUCAAUUCCCCAAAAUGUACGACGUAGUAAUAAUGACAGUUUAUCACUUAAGUAGGGAUUGUGUUACGCUAAAACGAAAUUUUAAUAAACCUUAAUUAGUAUGCUUCAUGAAGACCUGUGAGUAAAUUUACUUUUUAAUUUAAAAAAAAUAAAUAAUAAUCUUAAAGGACCACUAUAGUGUCAGGAACACAAACCCGUACUCCUCACACUAUAGUGGUCAAAUCACUGUUUAGGUUCCACUUUUUUCCAGGGCUGCGCAGGUCUCGCAAUGACGGUCCCCGCCUCGUUCAGUCUUUGUAGCUGAGAUUAUUAAAUUGGAUGAUUGGGAAACAUUGGGAGGCUAUAGCGCAAAACGCUACGCUGCAUCAGUCCGCAACUCCUCAUAGAGCUCCAUAUUGUUGGUGUGUCUGAGUGUGUAACAGAGCUCCACAUCAAUAAUACUCCCAGUGAUGUGACUUUAAACUCCAAAAAAAUGUAUACUCCAUUAUAUUUUUUAGUUGUGAAACUUAUUAGUAAGUCACCUAAAAUUUCUUGGAAAAGCCUGUAGCGUCAACACUUACUCACACCCCUAAAAUGAAAGUGUCCCACUUUGUUAGUUUGAAACGUUGGGAAGUAUGCAAUAUAAUUAUACACUUAUUGGAAAUAGAACAGGGACACAGAAACAGAGAAAAAAUGCAGGGUGUAGCUCCGGUCAGAAACUAGUUUUUGCACUUUCCACUUCACCAUUAAUGAGUAAAGAGUAACGGCCGGCCCAACAAUUCAGCUUUGUAGUAGAUCAUUCACCGAAGAGAACAAGAAUGUAUUUUUUAUUUCUUUUUUAAAUUAUGGUCUCGAUGAAAGCUCAUGCUGCCUCCGGAUUAAGGAUGUUUAUCUCCAAUUUUUUUGGAAGUUUUUAGGGCUUUUCUAUUUUGAUCGGUUUCUAAAGCAGACGAGGAUCAUUUUUCAGCUUAAAGCACCAAAUCUCGCUCAUGUGAAUUUCAUGAUUCAACUGCUACAAUAACAUCACAGACAUUGAAAUAGAAACUAAGCACAGAAGCUACAGUGGAUUUUAAAAAAAGGAAAUGAAAGUGCUGUGUGCGUUGACCUGGUACGCGCUUUUAUUCUAGAAGGAAAACCAUUAAUACGUUCAGGCCUCCCAAGGGGGCUUAUUCACUAAACACCGAGCCAUGUGCAACUCCUCAACUGCGGGGCUGCAGGAAGACUGACCUAUAGAAUAUUUUAUUUCCUUUAGUAAUACUGGAUGCCUUAUUUUUUGUCCCUUUUCAAGAACCUUUCAAGAAUAUUUGGUGUGUGUACCUCGCAGACUGCCACAGGAAUACAUCUCAUCUUACUGUGUUUUAAACUGAGUAAUUGUGGCUAUAAAUCCAUUGGAAAAACCAAUGAAAGAAAUCAUAAGGUCAUAAAUUAUUCAUUGGAAUACCCACCCAAUAGCUGGUGAAAUUUAAAGAUUGCGGGGAACCAGACUUCAUCCCCUCUUUGGGAAACCCCAGCUCCAGAUAUAUUGGACUCAUAUGAAAUAUUAAAGGGUUACUCCAGCCUUUUUUGUGAGAGGUUCCGUAUUGGAUACUGUUAAAGGACCACUAUAGUGCCAGGAAAACAUACUCCUUUUCCUGGCACUAUAGUGCCCUGAGGGUGCCCCCACCCUCAGGGUCCCACUCCCGCCCGGCUCUGGGGAGAGAAAAGGGGUAAAAUUUACCUUUUUUCCAGCGCCGGGCGGGGAGCUCUCCUCCUCCGAUCCUCCUCCUCUCCUCCCAUUCGGCUGAAUGCGCACGCGCGGCAAGAGCUGCGUGCGCAUUCAGCCGGUCUAAUAGGAAAGCAUUCAUAAUGCUUUCCUAUGGAUGCUUGCGUGCUCUCACUGUGAUUUUCACAGUGAAAAUCACGCAAGCGCCUCUAGCGGCUGUCAAUGAGACAGCCACUAGAGGAUUUGGAGGAUGGAUUAACCCAUUUAUAAACAUAGCAGUUUCUCUGAAACGGCUGUUUAUAAAAAAAAAAAGGGUUAAUCCUAGAGGGACCUGGCACCCAGACCACGUCAUUAAGCUGAAGUGGUCUGGGUGCCUAGAGUGGUCCUUUAAGUCACCGUCUGUGUUUGUAGUAAAACCUGCAAAAAAAGGUAUUGACUAACCCGGAAUCCAGCAUCCGGUGAAGCUGCCGGCGCUGUCUUCCCUUCAUAAUAUCAGCCAAGGCCUCAUCCUGUCAUAUUGCAGGCUUCUUAUGGAGAACUAUUUCGCUGGCUCAGAGCGCAUGCCAGGGCUGGACUGGGAAUAGAAAGCAGCCCUGGAAUACUAUACCAGUCCCAUAAUGCAUCGCGCCAGCAUAGUGCGCAGAUAUGGAAGCGGGAAAAAAGCUGAAAACUAAAUGUGAAAGAAAGCACUCAUAGGGCUUCAAAAUAAACAAAAUUGCGGAUUUAUUGUAAGCAGACGUGCCUUUGCAUAUAAUCAAUGUUUCAGUCCAACUACCUUGACGUAUUAAGGAAAGUUUGGUCAUUUGGACUGAAAUUGUGAGUGUAUGCUGUUGCCCAGCAGACAUUAUCUUGCUUAUUUUGUAAGUAAUAAGAGUGUGCUCCUCACUUUGACCGACAUCUGGACGAUCUCAGUCAACGCCAAUUCAAUUCCCAUAGGAAAGCAUUGGGGGCCUAUUGGGCAUGUGUGGCAAAACGCUGUGCUUCACCGCACCAAUCAGCAUCUCCUCAUAGAGAUGCAUUGCAUCAGUACAUCUCUAUAUGUGGAGCAAUCAGCGCCUCCAUGCAGAGUGUGCAGCACUGGACUAGGAAGCACCUCUAGUGGCCGUUUGAGUGACUGUCACCAGAGAUGUGCCUAGGCAGCAAUAUAAACACUUUUCUCUGAAAAGGUAGCAUUUACAGUGCUCAGCCUACAGGGACAGGCUACAUACACCAGAACCACUACAUUAAACUGUAGUAGUUAUGGUGACUAUAGUGUCCCUUUAAUACGACAUCUUUCUCUCACCGGUCAACUCUAAAUUACAGGGAGAGGAGGAGACACAAGUGAAGAUGCAUUUUAUUUGUGUCUUUCUCCCCCAAGCCCCUUCCAUGUGUCUCUUAGCCCCAGCCCCAUUGUCUCUUUCUCCCUUUCCCCAGCCCUUCUGUGAGUGUCUUUCCCAGGCCCCAGCAUGUCUAUGUGUAUCUUUCCCCACAGCUCCUCUGCAUGUCUUAUUCUUCUCUUCCCAGCCCCUCUGUGUGUCUCUUGUUCGCCUUCUUCAGCUCCUCUGUGUGUGUCUCCUGUUCCCCUUUUCCAACCCCUCUGUGUCUUUCUCCCCACACCUCUCAAUGUGUCUUUUUACCCCACAGCCCUCCAUGUGUCUCAUUCCACCCUUUCCAGUCUUACAUGUAUCUCAGUAGCCCCCACAUUUGUCCCAUUAGCCCCCAGCCCUCCAUGUGUCCUAAAGCCCCCCCUCAGCCCUCUGUGUGUCCCACUUGCACCCUCCCAGCCCUCCAUGAGUCCCAUUAGUCCACCCCAACUCUCUCUGUGUCCCAUUGGUUGCCUUCCCCAGCUCUCCCUGUGUCCCAUUUGUCCCCCUCAGCUCUCCCUGUGUCCUAUUAGUCCCCCCUCUCGGUGUCCCAUUAGUUCCUCCCCAGCUCUCCUUGUGUCCCAUUAGUUCCCCCUCCCUGUGUCCCAUUAGUUUCCCCAGCUCUCCUUGUGUCCCAUUUGUCCCCCCAGCUCUCCCUGUGUCCCAUUAGUUCCCCCAGCUCUAACUGUGUCCCAUUAGUUUCCCCCAGCUCUCCUGUGUCCCAUAGUUUCCCCAGCUCUAACUGUGUCCCAUUAGUUUCCCCAGCUCUCCUGUGUCCCAUUGGUUCCCCCAGCUCUCCCUUUUGUCCCAUUAGUUCCCCCCCCCCCAGCUCUCCCUGUGUCCCAUUAGUUUCUGUCAGACUGGGUAGGGGAACAGGAGCUCCUCUACCCCGGUCUGCCUGCUCGGCCACGCUACAUUCUGGGACCGGCAGGAGGGUAGGGGAAACCCCUCUUGCCUGUCACCCUGUAAUUGCGCUGUGCGGCCCGCGGGCCGGUGCGCACUAGGUGGCCGCGCACCGACACUCUGGGAAAUUUCCUAGUAUAGCAAAAUGAGCAGUUUUAUUAGAAGAGAGGGGAGAAAAACACUUCCCUUGCAGACACUGACGGCAGACAUGUUUUAUGCACAUAACUGACGUUAGGUUGCCUGGAACAGAGUCCUGGGUUGCCUAAGUCACAUGUGAUGUGUAACUAGCCCCUGGCACACUAGUGCAGAUUACUCUGUAUGUGCAUUGUUUCCAGCAGAAACACUGCACUUAAAAUCACUGAGGUGGUCAUGGUAGUUGGAGUAACACUUGGUUAGAUUGCAUUGUUGGGCACGCCUCUCUUUAAGGGGAUUUUCUACAGCGUUCACCCCACUCUUUCCCACCAACUAGUCCAGUUCAAACCAGUCUACUAAUGACAGAAAUAGGACAUCGUUGUGUAGCAGCAAGGCUUCUCAUUCUCCCUGCUCUGACUAACACAGGAGGGAGAGCAUCAUAAAUCACACUGAUCAGACUCCCUCUGUUCUCCUACUGUCAGGAUGUUACAAGGUGAAGAGAUCUUCCAACUGCACAUGUGUAAAUCUGUCAGGCAUGCGCAAUGCACUUUUGCAGCAUUCCUAGGGAUAGGGCACUGAUUGGUUAGAAAGUUACUUUUACAAUUGUGUUUAUUUUUUAUUAUUUAGGGUUACUAAAUGGUGGCAAGGGUUUUUUGAUGCAUUUGUUUUAUAGAUAUGCCCAUUACCAUCUAUUCUAUAGUACCCAUUUGUUUUAAUAUUUGUUGUUUUUUAACUAUUUACUAUUUGAACAAAUAAAUCAUCUAUUUUUGUGGAACUCCAUACCAUUGUGUACCUGACCUCUUCAAUUGGAUCCAGUAGCCAUAUUUGGCACCCCUGAGCCUUUAAGACAGAGCCUGGCACGGCUCUGGACCAUGUGAGUCAGAUUCUAACCCCUACCCGGUUUUAUUUUGUGUGAUUUAUAUACUGUAUAUACUGUGUAGCAUUGUAGAAUCAAGAAUAUUACAUGCGUUUGUAUACAUUUUUUUACUCUAUUUUAUGACACUUGAGUUUUUGUUUGACACUGGUAUAUAUUUUAUGUCUUGUAAAUAUGAAAACAAAUAUAUAUUUAUAUAUAUAUAUUCACUUUUCAUUUUUCAGCCUGCAACGUGAGGCAUCUGUUUUAUUUAAAGCUUUUGAAUGCGGCAGUUUUCUGAAAGUGAUGCAUGCACAUUGUACAGCGCUGCGGAAGCUGUUAGCGCUUUAUUAAAGGGACACUAUAGUCACCAGUGCAACUACAUGUAUUCCUAACCCUAUAGUGUUAACACCACCAUCUGGCCCCCCUGGGCCCCUCAUGCCUCCAUAAAUAUAGCAAAAUCUUACUGUAUUCAAGCCUGAAGUUGUAACUGCAUGCUGUUUGCCUAAAAAACAAACAAGCAGUCUGCUGACAUCAUCAGAAGUGGUGGCCUGAUCCAAUGCUUCCCCAUAGGAUUGGCUGAGACUGACAGAUGCAGAUCAGUGGCAGAGCCAGCAUGAUUCAAACACAGCCCUGGCCAAUCAGCAUCUCCUCAUAGAGAUGAACUGAAUCAAUGAAUCUCUAUGAGGAAAGUUUAGUGUCUGCAUGCAGACGGAGGAGAUACUGAAUCACAAGAUGCUCGGGCACAGCAGAUCUGAGUGGAUGGAGGCAUAUUAUGCCUCCAUCAACUCAGAAGUCCCUCUGGUUCACUCUGAGUGACUGCAACUGGAGGUGUUCCCAGCUUUAAAUGUAAACACUGUAUUUUCUCAGAAAAUACAGUGUUUACAUGAGAGAGGCUGCAGGGAGCUAUAGUUCUCACCUGAACAACCUCAUUAAGCUGAAGUUGUUCAGGUGACUAUAGUGUCCCUUUAAUAAUAAUAAUGUCCCUGUCUUUUGUGCUGCUGAUCUGUGUUCAAAUCUUGUUAUGGUUAAAUACAUUUUCUCUCUCUUUUUUUUUUAAUGAUUUUUGCUAAAUCGGAUAAAAGUGGUAAAAUAGUGAUUUAUUGACAUUGUUUCCUGUUGGGAAAAGGCUAACUUGUCAAUUUCCAUUACAAAACGUGGUGUACGGUAAAGGUACACUGUGCAACAACAUACAACACUGCGGUGAUAUAAUUAUUUUCUCCCCUUUUUCUACUACAGAACAAACUGACUCAUUGAUAAUAAAUUUAUGGCUGGCUGGAUAAGAUUCUGAGGGCAACUGGAUAUGUGUAGUGUAUAGUUUGUUUCUGAAAUGUGUCCAAUCAGAGAGCACCAAUAUAUAUAAUUUAUUUAUUUUUAUUAUCACAGUUAUCUGGUGCCCCCUGUGAUGGAUGAGCACCCACUAACAUACACUCUCCAAAAACCAAAAAGUUCUAUUUUGCCAACUGAAAUGUUGGUGUUCCGUGACCUUAUGAAAAGCAUAGUUUGUAUCUAAAGAGUUUAGUUUCCCAAAUUGUUAUUGAAAGAUUAAGAAAGCAGCAUACGUUAUGUGGUAGAUUUGAGUGGAACAGCCAGUUUUAGGCUCUAAGUCUAAAUAGUCUGCCUGGUCAAAACGAUUCAUUUUAUUAUAUAAAAACCAUACAAACCGUAGUAUGGAUAGAAAAUAUCAAAUGGAACUGAAAUUAAAAGGGAAAAAACCAAAACAAAUGCCUAUCGGUAAUUCCACGUUAAUAACCGGUGUACUCUCCCAUGUCUCUCUCUGUUCGUUUGCUGUUGCUCUGAUAUUUAAGACUUGUCAGUCUGCCUAUAUCCCAUCUCCUUUCCCAUUUCCGUUGAUGUUCCUAUAUUGUUCCUCUCGUCCUUCUCACCCCUCCCUUUUCUACUUUGUAAAUCACCUGCUAUAAGUAUCUCAGGGAGUCUGAAAAUCCCACCUAGACUCAAAUGAAUCCAGGAUUCCAACGAGGAGUUGUGAACCGUGGCAUUUUAAUAAAUGGAGGGUAAAAGGAACCUACCAACUUUAUAAAUGGAUACAUAAAUCAAAAUGUCUUACUGCAAGUCCAGAGAGAACCCUGGAACAAUCUGAGGGCCACCACAGGUCCAGAGCUUAUAGCUGGGCUGUGCAGCCAGAUCCAGCCAGCGAAUACUAUAUUAUUAUAUAUUUCUCCUUUAUGGAAUUUAUUGGUAUAUUACAUGUAAUAACUAGGAUUAUAGAACAACACGGUCCUUCGUGAUAAGUCCAAAUAAUUUCCUUGUACGCACACAUUUGAUAUUGUGUCUGUCUGUCUGUCUGUCACUAUGACUAUCUGUCUGUCUAUCCAUCUUUGAUUGACAAGCUAUUUUUCUUUGUUUCACCCUGACAUAAUUAAUGGGAAUCUUGUGUUUUAAAAUACAUAUUCUCUGACUGGUUUCUUGUGCUCAUGUGACAGUGGAAUUUGAUUGUAAUUGAAUUGCCGCUGUGCCCCUCUGUCAGUCUGCUCUUGAAACCCUCAUGACGUGUAGGGGAUGGAGCGUGUCUCAAUUGUUCCUGACAUCUAAUUCUGCUUUUGCGAACGUGUUUCCCUGCAGUGCAUCUCCCCAUUUCAAUCCAAUCUGUUUUCUCUUUGAAAGAGCAAUCAUAUCGACUUGUGCUGGAAAAGGUCUUAGGAUAGAGCCUGCGGAGGUAGGAAGUACAGAACACAAAGAUACUUUGGAGAAGUUAUAUGAGGAAUAUUCUGUGUUUCACAAUAAACCCCCUUUUAGUAAAUGAAGGAGAUAGCUGUGAGAUAUUCUUGGAUAUUUUAAAGAGAACCUACAACCCAUUAAUUCUGUUAUGUACCUUUAACCCUAUCACGACAUUCCAUUCUGCAGUCAGAAUUGCUUAACAAAUGUGAAUGAAUUGAACAAAAAACAGAAUUAUCUGUAAUUGGCAUUCGUUUGCAGUAAUCCCCAUACAUAAAGGCUUACACUAUACUCAUUUUUUUACGACCGUGUUUUUGUUUUUCCUUUUUAUCAUAUGUUUUUUUUUUUUUUCUUUAAUUCUGAAAAAUAAAAAUACAAAAAAUUAAACAUUAGACUUUGACAAUUUAUUGCAAAUCCUUGACACGUUAAGCAUACUGAAACGGACAUCUAUAAAAUUAGAAAUAAAAAGGCUGCUAUUAAACUUGGUUAUCUGCUCACGCUGUUUAGUCUUCAUCUAGGCCUUUGAUGUGUCCAAAUGGUCAUCCUGUCACUAAACAACUUACAAGAUGUGAACGGAACAAGCAGAAUUGUUAUUUUUGUGUCUGGCACCAAUUUAGAACAAAUAUUAAACAUGGUGCGGAGUUACUGUGCUUUUUUUUUUUAAUGAAAACAUGGAAGCUUUGGAAACAAAAUACUUUAUUUACAAAUGUUUAGUGCUUGUGCAGUGCACUGUGUUCAUGUUUUUCCUUUGAUAUAGAAAUUAGUGUAUGAACAAAGCAACAAAUAUUUAGGCGCCCAAUAUAAAAGGUGUGAAUUAAUCAUUGCAUUACUGAGGAGGUCAGUAACUGGUUUAAUCUUUCCAGCAGUGUCCAGUAAAGUACAAAUGAUUAACAGACGUGUGGAAAUCAUAUUAGCUGUGAAGAACAAGUAUUACUCCAUGGCCCUCAUGACAUUAUUUUAGAAAUAUUCUGCUAUAAAAUCUUGAUACAAACCUGCUCUUCUCAAAGAACCAUUCCUGUACAUAUGCAGGGCAACUGGAGCAUCAGUUUUUAAAGGGAUUCUUUAGUGCCAGGAAUAAAAAAUAAAGUGCUCCGCUCCCUCCUCCGUUCUGCAUUGAGUGGGGUCUAAUGCGCAUGCAUGGCAAAUGUCGCUUGCACAUUACACCCCCCCUUGGGAAGCAUUGAAUCAAUGCUUUCCUAUGGGGAAAAAUCUGACGCUGGAGGUCCUCAUGCAGAGCGUCAGGACGUCCAGCGUCAGAUACCGAACCAAAUGUCUGUUUCAAUUCAGGAAGCCCUCUAGUGGCUGUCUAGUAGACAGCCACAGAGGGCAGACUUAGAGCUGCAAUGUAAACAUUAGUUUCUCUGGAACUGCAAUGUUUUACAAAAAAAGGAACAGUGCACCCAGACCACAUCAAUUAGCUGAAGUGGUCUGGGUGUCGACAGUGUGCCUGUAAGAAGGGCUUUAUGCGAAGAGGGCUGUACCUAGAAUAAAAAUUAAAAAGUAUUUUAGGCCUAGAAUAAAAUUUAAAAAGUGCUUUAGGCCUAGAAUAAAAAUUAAAAAGUGCUUUAGGGGACUAAACUUUAAUCAAAAUCCAAGCAAGAGACCGUCAUUUAGUGACACACUUACUGUUAUGUCUAUCUAGUCAUCUUCUUCUUCAAAUGCAGGCUGCUUGACUACCUGCCGUUCAGCUCAGGCUGUUCGGGGCUGUGCUGUGUUCAUACAUUGAUAAGGUGGUAUUUUUAUUUUAUUUAUUAUAAUUUUUUUUUGGGAAUAAAGAAUUUAGGAGCGACAGAGGCAGUCUGAUGCUUCUGAACACCGCAAAUAUUUUGUUUUUGAAAAGAAAAUACACAGAUGCGUGGAUGUAAAAAAAUACAGCAUGUUAAUGUGGUCAAAUUAAUUAAAUAUGUUAUUUCAGCAGUGGCACAAUAUAAUAUUGCACUGUUAGUACUUUUAAACAUUCUGCAAAGCAAAAAAUAGGAGGGGAAAAAAAUAUAUAUAUAUUAGACUUUUUCUUAAUAUAAUUUUUUUUAUUUUGUAAAAACUCCACGGGCGACAGAUUUGUUUUAAUGUAGGUAAAAGUGUUCUGUAGUUGGAUGACCUACAUAAUAAUUACGUAAGACUUCAAACUAUGAUUUAUUUUAUUUUUUAUUUUUAUUUGUUACAAGCAAAUAUAUCAAGUAUGUGUUUGUUCUGUGAAAACAGGCUCGGGCUGUUUAAUAAAUAUAGCACCUUUUUUUUAUUUUUUAUCACAGGCUUUGAGCUGCUGCGAUUUGAAAACGUGCUACAUGGAUCAGAUAGAGGAUAAAGACGCGACUUUCGGCAAUGAAGCGUUUCAGUACAGAAUGGGUCUCAACGACAACAAAGCCGGCAUGGAAGGAUUGGAUAAAGAAAAAAUCAAUAAGAUCAUAAUGGAUGUGACUAAAGUGAGUGCGUCCCCGCGGUAAAACUGGCACUUGGCUUUGUGCUACAGAACAUGUGUUGAUGCUUCCAAAAAUGCUUUAUCACUGAACUGUGGGACUGUACAAGGCGACUCGAGGCACCAUAACCACUUCUGUGAGAUCAAGUGGUUGCCAAGGGUGUCACAUUAAGCAGAUCAUAGAUCAUUAGUUCUAGAUGCCGAUUUUUUUUUUUUUUUUUUUUUCUUAUGAGCCACACACGCUCCUUAAUGAUUCCCUUCAUCUGUUACGAAAUAUGGAAUAUUUUCCUGCCUGGAUUGGGAUUUUAGGAUAAAAGGUUGCCCUGGUAACAGCUCUUAUCUUUCCGAGACCAAAUGAAGGUCUUCGAAAUGAAUGUCUGACAUAUGAUAGGAAAUCACAGGAUUAUUUUUGUAAUAUUCAAGAUUGGGAAAAAACUAUUUUCUUUCAUUUUGGAAAAAAAGUAAAUUAACAUUUAAAAAAAUAAAAAAAUAAUAUAUAUGUAUUUUUAUUUUACGCAGGGCUCAAGAUUUUAUGACAACGAACUGAAAAAGGAUCAACAAGUGAAUCAACGCAUUGAAAAAAUGAUGCAACAAAAAGCCAGACUGACCAGCCAGCAAAUCAAGAAAGCCCAGGCCCAGGUAUUGCACCUGCUAUUGUUGAAGCAGGCUGUCAGUGAUGGGAGUUGUAGUAUAAUUUUGGAUGAGCUCUUGCUGUUUUCCCAGCUCUUCCUAGCUUGGAUUAAUGAUAGAGAAAUUAACGCACUUCUGCUGUUGAGAACUGCGUUCCCUGUAACACUCAUGAAACCAAAUGUCUGGCUGGGCGUCAUAGGAAGUGUAAUGCAGAGCGGCACAGUGUCCUAGGUUAGCAAUCGCUGGUUCUGGAUGAAAAUCAAAGCUCUAAUUAAGGAACCAAUCUUUGGUUCUCUGAGGUGUUAAACUGAAAUUAAACUCUUAACAGAUUAAGGUUUAAUGUGUUAAUUAAAACAAUUAGUUGGGAAGUUUACCUGCAAAAGGUCAGAUAUUUUAAUAGAAACUUUGCUAUAUAAAGUCUGACUUUGAUUAAAAUUUGUAGCCGUCAGUCUGCGCUCAGUCUUCUACAUUUCUACAUGUCACUGCGCCACUGGGAUUUAGUAAACCACAACACAAUAGCCUUAUCUUUAAUUAUAGCCCUGGACACACAAUGUCUGUGAUUUGCAAACCUUUCUCAAACAUAAUGAGAAUGUAAAUACAUAUUGAAAGAUUACUCAGCGCACCAUGACCAUUUCAAUGUUUUGAAGUGGUCCUGGUGCCUGUAGUCUGUAUGUGCUAUUAUUUCGUCUUGAAACGUUGCACAUAUGGAUUUUAACCCUAAUGCUGCCGGCGUCACAGGGACACGUCAUUAGCCAGCCCGGAAGAAGAGGUCUGGGUUGGCGAAUGUCAAUUCUGUGCUUAUUCCUGCACAUCAUUGCAUUCGUUGACUGAGUGAGGUCAGAUGACACUGAGCCGGAUUGAAUAUAGCUCUGCAUUAUGGGGUCACAGGACCAGGGUACAGUGUGGUAUAAUGGUUAUAAUGCUUGGAGUAACCCUUUAACUUCUGUCUGUUGCAAUGUAUCUUGCCUGGAAAGGGUUAACUCGCUUUGAUUGCAAUGACUUGAAAAUUAAACUGCAGCAUUUAUGGUAAGAUAGUCAAGCCGUGACUAAAGCUUCGUUGGAGAACCUUUUUUUAAAUAACCAGUUUUUUCAUUUUCAAUUAGCACAAUUCAUUGUAUAGUGUACAAACUGCAGAUAGAGUUGCAAUCAUGGCUUUUCAGAGGAAUGGCUUGCUGUUUUCAUGUAAAUGUAAUGCACUGUUACAUACCACCUUAAGAAGUUUGGAACGUGGGAAGCUGGGGGAGGGGGUGACCCCAAUAAGAUCAGCGUGCUGUGAUACAAUAAGGUAUGCAUCAGCAUGUCAAACUCAUAAGAAGCUCACUGAAAUGUUAAAAAUAAAUAAGAAAAAUACUAAUUUUACAACAAAAUAGCUGAAUUGGAAAAUGCUAUCAGCUUAAUUUGUUUGAGCUAAACUUUGCAAUCACCCUGGCUAUCCUCCAUGUUUCCUACUUAGUUUUUUUGUAAAUUGCUUUUGAAGAGUGUUUUUUUUUUGCACAACCCGUUUAAUUCCAAUUUGGUCACUACAUCUGCCGAUGGCUGUGCUAGGUAUCUACUACCCUUCCUGUUAAGUAGUAUUUUCUCACAUAUUGUAUCUUUAACCUUCUGCUUCCACAUAAUGGUAUCUGGCUUUAUUUCUCAUUUUGUAGAAACAUUUCUUCCACUCUUAGGUUAUUAGGAUGUUUUGAUUGUCUCAUUGUUCCCCCAUCUUGGAAUUAUACAUAUAUCUAUAUAUUGUGGUAGCAUAUGCACCUAUACCUCUAUUUAUGUUUUGUCUAUUAUGCUUGUCUUUCAUCCUUAGUCUCCGCCCUUUUAUCUCCAGUUCCCAAUGCUGUUCUCCUCCUCUCCAGAGUUUUUUCUUGAUUUCUUUCUCCAGCAUCUCAAAUUCACCUUUCAAUACUCUGUGUCUAAACAAACUAUCUCCAGUAUCUAAGUCCUCCACACCUCAGCCUCUAGACACCUCUUGGCUUAAUGGAGCACUUUAGUCACCCAGACCACUUCAUCUCAAUAAAGUGGUCAGGGGUCCUUUAGUUUUAACCUUGCAAUGUAAAUAGGGUUAAAUCCACAUCUAGUGCCUGUCUACCAGACAGCCACUAGAGGCACAUUUUUCUGCAGGUCAAGUAAAUUUCAGUCUGGGAAUCAAAUGCUGCUCAUUGGAGGAGCGUGAUGUUUGGCCAUGCAUGCAUAUCUCCAAUUCAUUGCUUUUCUAUGAUAAUCAGCAGAUUGGAGGAGAUCACAAAAAAAGUCAGCAGGCAUAAUGAUGUCUUCGGAGGCGUAGCGGGCACUGUCAGAAAGACCGCUACUACAGGUAUACUUAAUCCUGCAACAGCAAUGUUUUAAUUGCAGGGUUAAAAUGACAGGACCAUGCACUCAGACCACUUGAUUGAGAUUACAAGAUCACGGUUAAUUUAGUGGUCCUUUAAAAAAAAAAAAAAAAAAAUACACAACAAAAAAAAAAAUGACAAAACAAAACUGUGGUUUGGCGAAUACUGCACUAAGCUCCUAAAGUACAUUUGGGUGAAUACUUUCUGGUAUAAUAUUUGGCACUGAGGAGUUAUUUACCAUAAUUAUAUUUACUUGCUUUUAAAUCUGGAGUUUGCGGUUAGUAGGUCUUGCAAGGGACUGCUGUUAAAAACUGCCAUCCAAGAUCUAGAUAGAAAUUCUUAUAGCAACUUUGUCACCUCCCCCUACCUUGUGCCAAGAAAGAGAUAAUCGCAGGUAAAAGUAAACAUUAAAGGGAAACUGUAGUGCCAGGAAAACAAACUUGUUUUCCUGGCACUAUUGUUUCCUCCUCUGUCAAGGCACCCCCCGUGGUGCAGAAGGGUUGAUAACAACUUCUGUCACUUACCUAGGUCCAGCGCAGAUGGCUCAGCUCCGCCCACGCUCUGACGCCAGCCAACAGGGGAGACCUAAUGCGAUGCACAGCAAUGGCCACGCUCGCAUUAGGAUUUCCCCAUAGGAAAGCAUUAUUCAGUGCUUUCCUGUGGGGAUUCCGGUGACGCUUGAAGUCAUCAUGCAUAGCGAGAGGACAUCCCGCAUUGUUUAGAUCAGUGGUUCUCAACCCAGUCGUCAAGUACCCCCUACCAUCCUCAAUUUAGGGAUUACCCUGUUGUGUCUAAAGUGUUUUGUUUUUUCCCCCCUAAAAACAACUUAGAUGCAACUGGGCAAUCCCUAAAUCCUGGACUGUUACGGUGUACUUGAGGACUGGGUUGGGAAUCACUGGUUUAAACAACCAAAAGUCGCCUAUCCACCCAGAAGUCCCUCUAGUGGCUGUCAGGUAUACAGCCAGUAAAGAAGGAGUUAACCCUAGCGGGUAAUUAUUGCAGUUUAUAAAAACUACAAUAAUUACAUGCUCAGGGUUAAGGGUGAUGGGAGUUUGCACCCAGACCGCUUCAAUGAGCUGAAGUGGUCUGUGUGCCUACAGUGUCCCUUUAACUUAACUGUAAGUCUAUUUACAAACAUAUUUUAUGCCUGUAAAAGCACCAUGUAAUCAUAAUUUAGUUACAGGUAAAAUAAAAUAACAUAUUGUUACAAGGUAUCAACUAAAGUAACUUUUUUCAUUUCUGUAUAACUUUUUUUUUUAAGAUAAAUACCUUAUAAGUUAGUAACUUGCAUAUGUGUUAAUAAACUACUACACAGCUGCAGACUGUACAUCAUGUGAGAUGUAACCCAUGAUAACAGUUUCCUGUCUGCUGUGUGCCCAAUGUAUAUUUAACCCUUCUGUGCUUGCAGGGCCAAACCUAGACAUUUUGCUGCCUGGAUCCAAGUAUGAAAUAUCCCCCCCCCCCUUCCACAAAAAAUAAUGUCAUGCUCGGCUCCAAAAAAAUAAUUGGAUUACUUCCCAAUUAUCUCCAGGAUAGAAGACUCUGUGGAACUGGGUUUGGGCAGAAAAGCCAUGCUUCAUUUGGUCACAAGGGACUUCGAUCUAUCUUUUGAACCAAUUUGUAUGAUUUUGACGUAUGUUUGCAUUUGGAGUGCAUUUGCUGAUUCUGAAAAUGUAAGUUUUAUGUGAAUGUGAUGCAUACUUUUAAAAUUAUGAAUAAUGUGGAAAAACUGUAUUUCUUCCUGUGAUAAUGACAUUACCCAUUGUGUAAGGUAAUUGUAUCACCGGCAGAGGGGAGUAUUUUGUGUGGGAGUGUCUGAGUAUAUUGUACGUGUUUAUUGGUUGUUUUCCUAAACCCUGUGGGUGGUACUAAUGUGUAAGAAUGUGUAUAUAAGAACAAUAAAGUUUUUAAUAAUAGAGUUUAUUGUAUGCUGUUCCAGUUCGACUGUUAGGAGUGUAAACCUAUUCGUAUGGUUUUUCCUAUUUGGCUGUUUACGACAUUCAUAUGGUUUCCCGUUCAGCGGAUUGAUGCCUUUGGUAGCUGCCAGUACAUCUGGAAGGGGAAUAUCUCUUAAACGGCUUUUAACCCUUUUUAUGCCUCGGGGUGCCAUUACAAUUGGUGGCAAGCGGCGGGAUCGUUCCCACAGCCAGAAGGACAGCUACAGGAGACACCAUCCCGUGGAUUUACAAGUUGGGGGCAACGCAUGUCCCAGUACAGCGACCCUAAAAGCAACAGAAUGGAACCAGCAGUGUUAUACGAGGAGGAGGACCUGGAUGGUCGGGAUGCAUUAUGGAAAGGCGUCUGGUACCAGGCCCUGGAUAAUGUACAAUACCAGCGGGGUGAGAGUCUCCCCAGUGAAGAGCAGCGGUUGCAGAAGCAAGUGGCCCUGCGGAUGCCCUUUGUAGCAGAGCAGCCCCUGGAGGAAUGGGUGAAGGAACUAGAGCUAUGGCUGGAGGAUGCCUACCAGGCAUAUAUACCCUGGACAGCCAAGCAUGACAAGCCAGAGGGAGAGGAGUUUGAUGGUCCUGGCUUGUUAUGGGAGUCCUUUGCAGAGCCUGACUUCGGGAGCCCUGCGCAGACCAGACUUCAGGACAUUUUCUACGAGAGGGAGGCUAGGCAUGACUGGGAUGACCUCCAUGAGGUAGAGCAAGACCUGGCUCACCUAGCAACCCUGGAGUGGGAACUGAAGCAGGACUACCGAGAUCUCUUCCACUCCAUUGAGAAGGCUCAGCAGGACAGCAAGGUGACAAAUCCAGACCCAUUCAGCUGGGAAGAUAUUGUGGAGAUUUACUGGGAAGAACCCCAGGUGGCCGUUGGAGAUGGGACCGAGGUCUCUCCACUGGUCCUGCAGGGAAUUGGGAGCCUAGUCUCCAUUCCCCAGCGGUAGAGUGAUUUAUUGGGAAUUGGGAGCCCAGUCUCCAUUCCCCAGCGGCAGGCUGAGUUACAGGGGCAGAGACAGUCGGUCCUGUCCCCCAGCAGCAGAGUGACUUACUCGGAGAGGGGAGCCGUGUCCUCCCUCCCCAGGGGCAGAGUGUCCAGCAGGGAAUAGAGACCCCAGUCUCCUUUCCCCAGCAGCAGGACACUGUAUUGGGAGAGGAGACAGUCGGUCUCCCUCCCCAGUGGCUGGAAGUAUGUAUGGGAGAGGAGCUUGUUACCCCCUCUCCCCAGCGGCAUCUUAACGCACCAGGGGGAGACAGUAAGCCCCAAAAUCGUGCAGAUGGGACCGUGGUCUCUGCACUUACAGCACAGGGGGUAGGGACAGUUGGUCCUGUCCCCCAGCAACAGGGCUUUUUAGCCAAAAGGGAGACAGUCGGUCUCCCCCCACAGCAGCAUGGUGCUUUGUCCAAAGGGAAGACGAUCGGUCUCCCCCUCCAGCAGCACAGCUAUGUAUCCAAAGGUCUCCCUCUCCAGCAACCAGGCUCCCACCAAGCUACUUCCGUGGUAGUGCUGGCACCAGGGCAUAGUACAGCUGGUCUCUGCCCACCUCGCAACCCACCAAUUCAGCAUACCAGUCCCCCACACAGCUGUGGUGAGGCACCUGGACAUGGACAACUUUUCCCCGUACUCAGGUGUAGUAACCAUUUAUUGUGGGUGGGUUGUACUACUAAUUGUGUUUUAUGGGUGGGUUGCUGGACUAACCAGGGCACUGACCGGCAGGAGGUCAGAUACCCUGUUAGUCUGUUUGGAAAAGGGGAGAGAUGUGACGAGACCAAUCUCGCCACUGUGCAUUGGAGGAGCCUGGUUGCCCGCCUGCUGCCUUUAGACUAUGGUCCCAUGUUGAAAUGCUUGAUUUUCCCCUGCAAAGACACGAAAGCCGGGUCAUUCGGUGCUUGCCCUCUUUGAGCGGUGAUACUCCAGAUAGCUAUGCCAUGGAGCCCAUUCAUAUAAUGAAAGACUAUGGAAAAGACUUUGGCUCCAUGGCAAUUGAACCGUAUGUGUGUGAUCUGAGCGCCAUUCAGUAAUAAUGUGCGCUCAGAUCUGAGCUAUCUGGGGAUAUGUUGAAUGUACCUGUUUUAUGCAAUGGCUGCCCAGUUAUAUAUUUUUGUGUAUUUUAUUGUCUUUUGCUGUUCAAUGGAGUUUUGCCUCUGUCCUUGGAGAUAAUUGGAUUACUUCCCAAUUAUCUCCAGGAUAGAAUACUCUGUGGAACUGGUUUUGGGCAGAAAAGCCAUGCUUCAUUUGGUCACAAAGGACUACGAUCUAUCUUUUGAACCACUGGACCAAUUUGUAUGAUUUUGACGUAUGUUUGCAUUUGGAGUAUGCUGAUUCUGAAAAUGUAUGCAAAUGUGAUGAAUACUUUUAAAAUUAUGAAUAAUGUGGAAAAACUGUAUUUCUCUGCCUGUGAUAAUGACAUUACCCAUUGUGUAAGGUAAUUGUAUCACAGGGAGAGGGGUGGAUUUUGUGUGGGAAUGUCUUGUACGUGUUUAUUGGUUGUUUUCCAAAACCCUGUGGGUGGUACUAAUGUGUAAGAAUGUGUAUAUAAGAACAAUAAACCCACAGCUCUGUCUGUUCCUGUUUUGACCCUCAACACGGAGCCUUGUCUCAUUCUUGGGGGGAUUUAUUAUAUGCUGUUCCAGUUCGACUGCUAGGAGUGUAAACCUAUUCGUAUGUUUUUUCCUAUUCGGCCGUUUACGGCAUUCUUAUGGUUUCCUGUUCGGCGGAUUGGUGUCUUUGGUAGCUGCCUGUAUGUCUGGAAGGGGAAUAUCUCUUAAACGGCUUUUAACCCCUUUUAUGCCUGGGGGUGCCAUUACAAUAUGUAAAUACAUCAUUUGGUGUACUUAACUCAAAUUUUAGGAAAGUGCAGGUUAUAGCUAAGAAUACAGAAAGAUGCAAAUCUUUCUUUAUUUCUUUUCCCCCAAAACUUAACAGAAUCGAUUGUGCAAAAAAAGCCUGAUUAAAGCGAUAGACCCUAUGAAACGCCAUAAGGUUACUGUCCAGAGUGUCUCUUUUAGCAAUACAAUGUUUCCUAUGCAUUUCUCAUCAGUUUAGUGAAAUGUAUAAGUAGGUAACGAAGUUUAAAAACAUGUUAACAGCGUUUUUAGAUCACAGCGGGGACUGCCAUUGGUUUAGCAUUAUUUAUUUAGUGUCUGGUCACGGACUAUGGUUUGAAUUCUACUUGGAUUGUAAAGAACCGAACGUACAGUCCACCCUAACCGUUGGGCUUUCUGUAUUUCCCAGUACCCUGUCCAGGGCUGUCUGCAGUAGUAAAACGUGUGACGGGCAAAUCUCUAGAUUUAUAAUCUAUAAAUGUUUAUUAAAGUACAUCUUUCCACCUCUGUCAUAUUACUGUCUCAUAUCAUAUAAUUUAUAUUAAGGCAUCAUUGACCUUUUUAAUAUGAUACCGUAUCAUUUUUACAUCACAGCCGGCACACGCUAAAGUUCUGUUCUGACUUUUCUGAAACUUGAAAUCGUUGGUAAAAUUGAGUUUCUAAAGACUUCGAGUUCUUUAUUCCAUCGCUCUGUGUGUUUUAUGGAUUAUGAUUUAGAAAAGCCAUUAUUGGCACCUUCGGCACAGUCAAAUCAUCCCGUCUCAUUUUCUUGUCAAAUGUUUAAGAUACGCACAAGUUGGCAUUUUAUAUCAAAUCCUGGCUCUCGUUUUAUUAAUUUACAUCUUCCAGUGAUAUCAUUUUUUUUUUUCUUUUACAUUUUCUUUCUGUAAACUAGGUUUAAAUAUUUUACAGUUGAAUUCUAUGCUUUUUAUUUUUAACAUGACUUUUAUAUGAAUUGCUUUUCAAAGACUUGUUUCAAUACCCGUAAGACCUUUUUGCUUCCCUUCCUUGAAGCUUUUUCACCUAAACAACCUUAAAGCCAGACUUCUCUCUAUGAAGCUCCUAGUUCACCCAGAUUGUUAUUGACCAUUAAUACACACAUAGGAUUGUUUUAUGUUUUUGAGCGCUGAAGUCUAGUUUUGAAAAUUACGGAUUGAAGGAACACUAUCAUUUUCAGAAUGCAAAUAUGUAUCGCCAAUGCUAUAGUGCCCUAGUCACGGUUACCUAGCCAAGGUUAAAAAAAAGUUAUAACCCUGCACCUGACAGGCUCCGACCGACACACCCUCAGGCGGACAAUUUACCCAGAAGCCUAGGUCGGACACGACUGGCACAGACAGAUCACGCUGUCACAGCCGAGGAGACUGUCACCCUCCUAGACAUACAAGUUGAGGAGGGACUUACGGGUACCAGGCUGACCUCCAUUUACCAGAGGUUAGUCGGUUCUUCUCCCACAUACGGAGCUAGGUGAUCCGGAGCGCUACUAGGCAACGAGGCCCGGAUGCUUACCAUAACCCCAGGACAGACCGAUCAUAAGGGUCAACAGUUAAGCACGGGAUGCGCACCGCAGGGUGCUCACGCAGACGCGGGGUUGGAUGACAUACACUGUAUUGACGGUAGACUGUCCGACUUCCCACAUGACCACUAUUAAGGGCUUAAGACCGCACGGUGGCACAGUCCGGAUUAUCAAGGGCGGGACAUAAUUGCAAUUGUUUUGAUGUUCAUACAUGUCUUGUAUUUUUUACUGUUAUACUUGCCGUAUGCUUACGGAAUUCACUGAAAAUAUUUUCAAUAAAUAUGAUUGACACAAAAAAAAAAAAAAAAAGUUAUUUUAUUUACCUUUUUGCCCUCACUGUGCAGGUAUCCUCUGUGAAUCUCUGCCUCUUUGGCUGGGAUAACCGAUAUUGAUGAUCUCAGCCAAUCCAAUGCUUUUCCAUAGGAAACCAUUUGGAGACUAGUGUGCAGCGCUGUGCAGGUUAUGUGGUCCCUCUGAGACAGUCUGAUGGAAAUAGAGAGCGUUACUCUGUUUCACAGAAGAGUCCCUAUUGGCUGUCUGAGUGACAGUCACAGGGAAGGUUAAUCCUGCAAAGGAAAUGUAGCAGUUGCUUUACAACGAUUAAUGUUCCCAGCUGCAGGUUUAACUGGGGUGCCAUUUUUUGUUAAAACCCUGUAAUAGAACCUGUAAACUUAGCUGCAAUCCAGGGCCGGACGAAGCUCCCCUUGCUCAUUUCCACGCCUCUGUCCGAUGUCCUAUGGUCCAAUAGAGAGAACCAUUUGAUUGUACCAUUUCACUGGCACCAAACACAUGCACAUGCUCUAUGCAAGUUAAGGGAGGCAGUGACGCAAAGGAGGGGAAGAAGGGAAAGUGAGUAAGUGAGGGGAGAAACGUGCUUCAUUAGAUCAUUAAGCCUGCUCAGGGUUCCGGGCUGUCUAUUUCACGUGUCCCAGGGGUGUAACUAUCAAAUAUCUCCGUAUGUUCCACGUUUCAAGCAGAAAUGCUGCACAUACAGACUAUUAUCACCAUGACCACUUCUAAAAGCAGACGUGGUCAUGGUGGUUGGAGUAACUCUUUAAUUUGCCAAAAUGUGAAUUCUUCAUGAAAGGUUUGAGUUAUGUCAGCCCUCUGUAUCACAGUUAUGGAGGUUCUGGAAACCAUCUACAGUCCUGGCUACAAGUCAUUUUAACUGUUUCCAAUGCAGGAUAAAGCGUACUAAACCUAUGUGUCCAGGUCCUGCGUAAGUAUGUGGAACAACGGGGUAUAAUUGAGAGUGUGUGUGUGGACAGAGGGGGUCAUUUAAUUUCUUUACUAUAGAAUACAUUAAAUAAGUAUUAUUUUUAACAUAUAGAAUCAGGAUAGAAUCUAUGUAUUCAUAUUUCCCCUUUUGCCCAUACAGAGCACACUAUAACGUUAGUCAUCUGUUUAGGUCAUGCUUAUAUCAGGAGUCUCCGUGAGGCCUUGAGCAUGAGAUGUUGAAAUCAUAAGAGUUGGGAUACAUUCAGUCAUUUAUUACCAGCAAGUUAUGAUGUGUUCAUCUCACAAAGCUUAAAAUAACUUAAUAUGCUGCUUUUGGGUGACCUUGACUGGGAUUUCUAAACGUACUUCACUGAAAAAGGGAAUUCAUUAAUCAAGAGACGAGAGCGAGAGUGUAUAAAACUUUUUUCUUUUUUUUUUAAAGCACUAUUCAACAUCACCCCACGCAAAUGUGUGAAUAACAGGAAAGAGAACCCAAGAAGGGCAAAGGGAGACAGGAACAUUUAUAUAAAAAUAACACUUUAUUCUAAAUAAUAUACAAGGCAAAUAAAAAUAUACAUAAGCGAGUAUGUGUGUGCAUACUCCUAUAGAAACAGGUCAGUAGACACAAAAUCUAAAAACAAAUUUCUCUAAAACAAAAAAUUAAAAAUAAAACUGAGAGUCCUGGAGACUACCUCUGGAAGAGAUAGUAAAUCUGAUAUGAAGAAAGUGAGGCUGGAGACACUCCAUAAACGGCCAGCUGAUGUGUUGAAUAGUCUGAAAAAAUCUAAGUGAUCCCUUGAGACAAUGUACUUAGUAAUUAAUGUGGAUAAUCGCAGAUGGUCUUCCUGAGGAUUUUAUGAUCCUUACUGUUUGUUGUAGUAUGUCCGUCCUGUAAGAUGUGGGUGUCCUGUCACUUCAGCGUCUCUCCUGUUUUCCCGCGUCUGAUCACAGGUGGAUUGUGUUUCGGGCACUCCAGCAGUUCAAAGGUGAGUAGCUCGUGGUGUUCAGUAAUUCCUCACUCCUACAUGUUUUGUGGGCCGUGUGGCCACUUCUUCAGGGAGUAAAUAACUAUUUUUUAUCUACUGAAUCUUACUGGACUGACAUACUACAACAAACAGAUCAUAAAAUCGUCAGGAAGGCCACCUGCGAUUAUCCACAUUAAGUACUAAGUACAUUGUCUCCAGGGAUCCCUUAGAUUUUUUCAGACUAUUCAACACAUCAGCUGGCCGUUUAUUGAGUGUCUCCAGGCUCACUUUUUUUUAUUGCCAGUUUAUCAAUGUUUUGUCAACAUAAGAAAAAGAAAAGACAGCAAACCUAUCAUUUCACAUUGUACAGUUCAGAAGUACGGUACAUUAGUACAGGUGCGGGAGAUUAACAGGGUUACAUAUCACUUGGUACAUUGUUCUCUACAAUGGGAACAGUUGUUCUCACAGUAGUGAAGGGCAUAGAUCAUUUACUCGCAGUGGCUUCAGUGUCAUGGGGUAUAUAUACACGUGCUGCGCCAGAAUAAGAAACAUUAGUACAAUAACAGCUUAACCCAUAGUACCACAAGUUCUCAUACAUACAAGUCUUGACAUUUUAGAGUUUUUUUACUCCAAUGCCACACCAGACCUGCGCCCAGAAAUAAUAUGGGCAGCACAUAAAACGGUUAUACGAGGAACACUUAAGAUAGCAACUGCCAAAAAGAAGACGAAAGCCCAAAGUCUAAAAAGACUUUUGACUGAGUUACGGACGCUAGAACAAAAACACAAAGGACAUCCAGACAAUGACACAUUUAGACGCUUAGAAGCGACCCGACUUGACAUACGCACUCUGCUAUUAGACGAUACAUCUAGAGUCAUGACCUAGUCCAAAAUAUCUUUUUACGAACAGGCAAAUAAAAUGUCACUCUAGUGGCCAGAGUCCUCAAACCCAGAAUGAGACGAGGACACAUAACAUCCAUCCGGCAUAUGGAUAAGUCAAUCAAAACGAUGCCUAAAGAUAUCGCUGAGGUUUUUACCGAAUACUAUAAAUCCCUCUACAAUCAUUCCCCUAACUCAGAGACACUGACGAUAAAGACGAAAAUGCAACCCUUUGGUUCGUGCGGGACCUCGGACUACCUAAGUUACCACAAGAAGCAGUGGACAUUUUAGCAGCUGAAAUCACCGCUGACAAAAUAUACCGGUCAAUAACAGCUUUAAAAGGGAACAAGGCCCCAGGACCCGAUGGGUUUGAUGGUAGUUACUACAAAAUGUUUUGCGAGGAACUGGUCCCCCACUUAACAACAGUAUUCAUUGGGUUUCAGACGGGAGGCACCCCGAAGCCAGAUAUGUCCCUAGCCACCAUCGUAUUAUUGCCAAAACCAGAUAAAGAUCCCCAGUCCCCAGACAGUUACAGGCCUAUCUCCCUCAUAAACCAAGAUAUGAAACUCUUAUCAAAAAUUCAGGCAGAACGCCUCAACCCAUUCCUAGCGUACUUGAUAGACGCUGACCAAGUCGGCUUUAUACCGAAUAGACAGCUAUCCGAAAACACCCGCAGGUGGACACAAAGACUCCAACGUCGUUCGUUUCGCUCGGCGCGGAAAAAGCCUUUCACAGAGUGAAGUGGCCAUACCUGUUCACACUCCUGACCCACCUAGGGUUCCCUGAACAGUUCAUGACCUUAUUAAGAGCAAUGUAAAGCAACGUCAGAGCGCAGGUGAAGAUCUCAGGGGCCCCGCUCUGAACUUUUCAGCUUUUCAACGGUACUAGACAGGGAUGCCCCCUCUCCCCUCUUUUAUUUGUCCUAUCGUUAGAACCCCACUACAGGCCCUACGGCAACAUCCGGGCGUGAAAGGUAUAGAGGUGGGGGGGUAGAGAAUUUCUGGUUUCAGCCUAUGUGGAUGAUGUGCUCUUAGCUCUCACCGACCAACUAUACGAAGGGACGGAAGUCAUCACCUUUGACGCGCUAAGACAGCGGGGCCACCUCACCCCGCGUACUUUUUUAGACACAUACAAAUUCGAGAUUUCGCAAAAUUAGCACACAUAUAAACAGCGGCCCAGAAAAAGAUGACGUUCUUUGAACGCAUCUGCCUCCAAGAAAUUAUACCCAAAGGCAUGAUAACGCUCAUGUAUGCCCACCUCUGUUCAGAAGCUAGGGACUGGGGCAAACUAGCCUAUAUGGAUCAAUGGGAUAGAGACCUAGGGGAAACGUUGGAAGGCAUAGAGUGGCAAGAGAUCUGGGAGGCUAACCAUACCUCGUCAGUGUGCGUUACCCUUCAGGAGCAAUCUAUGAAAACUAUGCUUCGCUGGUAUACUACAACAGUUAAACUAUACCAAAUGCACAAAACUCCUACAGAUGAGUGCUGGAGGGGUUGCGGUCUGAGGGGGACGUACAUGCACAUGUGGUGGGAAUGCCCACAGAUGGUCACAUUUUGGAAACAGAUACAGGCCCUAUUGUCGCAGGUCUUCUUAAGAACUCCAGACCUAGAUCCAUGACUAAUCCUAUUAAGCAGGACCCUAGACGGAUGGACUAGGCAUGAACAAAAGCUUAUCUACAAAAGACUGGCUUAAACCAGGCAUACCACUCAUCACAGGGGUCAUAAAUAGAAUAAAAGAAGUCCACUUGAUGGACAACCUAACAGCUAGGAUAAGGGGCACCUUAAAAACUUUUCAGAAGACCUUGGGAAAACUCCAAUCUGGGAAGUUAAUAUAUAAUCACGCUCCGACUGAAGAACUAAAUGCCCCAUUCAGGGAACCCCUCCUCCCCCACCCCACCCCCUCUCCUUUCUCUCUAACUAUCUGAUACCUCUCCUUCUUCUUUCUGUCUAUUUCUAUCCAGGCUUACAAGUUUCAUAAAAACUAAAUAUUGACCAACAUAAGGCAUCCCUAACGAUAGUCAUAUGUGGCAAACAGGAACCAUAAGCACCAGAGGCAGUAAACUGCUAUUCAUACACAGUUAGCUCAGACGAUUUUCCGAGGACAGAGUAAAACAAUAAAUAUUACUAGCUAGCUAAAGAGAACCUUGGGAACCGCCUAUAUAAAAAACCAUGAAGGAGAUAUGCCAACGAAUGUCCAUAUGCCAUAAUCCUCUGUUAUAUAUGACAAAUAGAUGUAUAUACCUAAUGUUACCAUCUUUCUUGCUGUUAUCUACUGAAUGUAAAUGCUAACCAUUGUUUGCAGUAUUUUAUGUCAAUACAAAAUAAAGAAUUAAAAAAAAAAAAAAAUUACCAGGAAAGGUUAAAGGAUCUUAACAUGUAUAGCUUGGAGGAAAGACGAGACAGGGGGGAUAUGAUAGAAACAUUUAAAUACAUAAAGGGAAUCAACACAGUAAAGGAGACUAUAUUUAAAAGAAGAAAAACUACCACAACAAGAGGACAUAGUCUUAAAUUAGAGGGACAAAGGUUUAAAAAUAAUAUCAGGAAGUAUUACUUUACUGAGAGGGUAGUGGAUGCAUGGAAUAGCCUUCCAGCUGAAGUGGUAGAGGUUAACACAGUAAAGGAGUUUAAGCAUGCGUGGGAUAGGCAUAAGGCUAUCCUAACUAUAAGAUAAGGCCAGGGACUAAUGAAAGUAUUUAGAAAAUUGGGCAGACUAGAUGGGCCGAAUGGUUCUUAUCUGCCGUCACAUUCUAUGUUUCUAAGUGAGUCUUUUGAUUUUCCUAUCUGUGCGUUGGGCUUAUUGUUAAUUUUUGGUUUUUUAUUUCUGUUUUUCCAUUUAUUUCUGUUUUUCUUUUUUUCUAUCAGUGCAGAUAAUAAGCUGAGUUGAACAAAAUAGGUGAUUUUUUUAUUUUUAUUUGAGUUUACGUUCUAUAAAUAUGUGUUUAGUCUCGGUGAUUCUUCCUUUUCGAACAGAUGGACAGACUUGUAUUGGAAUUGGAGAAGAGGCGAGAUUUAAACCGUGUUAUCGUGCAUAUUGACAUGGACGCAUUUUAUGCUGCUGUAGAAAUGCGAGACAACCCGGAACUGAAAGACAAGCCGAUGGCUGUGGGAUCCAUGAGCAUGCUGGUAAGAACUGCACGUAGAUAACCGUAUCUCCCAAGUGACCCUCGAUAGACUCUCUUUCCUGCUCUCAUCUGGCUUGUUUUAAAGCUCAGAAUAUUUUUAUUCUUUCUAUCUUCUCAAGUGCAAAGCAGACUCUCUACAGGUAAAGAGAUAUUCCAGGUUAAAUUGCCCUGAUUUUUCUCUAUGUCAAGGCCAUCCUGUAUCCAGAACGGAGUCUCUACACUGAAGAAGCUGCAGAUUUGCUACAAACUAAGGAAAAUCAGGGCAAUUUAACCUGGAAUAUCUCUUUACCUGUAGAAUACUGCAGUACAGUAUACACUUUUCUAAAGAGUACAGAUAUGUGUAUAGUUUUACUUGGCUUUUGUAGAGGAAGCGCCUCUACUGGCUAUCUGAAAGAUGCUAAAAAAAAAAUGUCAUCUUUUACAUUGCAGGGUUAAAAUGGCAGGACCAUUGUACCCAGACCAUGACAUCGUAACAUUAGUGUUCCAAUAAUGCAUUAUAAAGAUAAUAUUCGCAAUAAAAAAAAUGAAAAUAAGUUGCAUGUUGUAUAAUGUGUCCCUCGGAGCUCUGCUUAGUGGGUCUGUUUGCAUUUGCAUGUGGAACACUCCAAUACCAGAAUGAGAGUGACCAAUCAGGAUCCUGCCCUGCUAUGCACGCGCAUGCACAAAUGGAGAGAACACAGAAGCACGUAGACUUAGUGGGCGGUCUUUAACAGCAGCCAUUGUUAUACAUUUUUAUAAAUGGCUGCCACUAAAGCCCACUCUCAGCAUAGAAGCAGAAUAAAUGCCCUUACAUAUAAUCCAUUUAUAAGGAUUUGUCAGGCAGGAAGUGUCCAAGAAGUUGCUUUAGUAAAACAAUUAGUAAACAAUUUACUCGGUGACGCACACGUGCCAUGUACAGGUAAAUGUCAAGGAAAGUCCAGUAGAGAGAGAAGACCUCAGACCUGUACUCUGAGCCGCAGGAGCCAGAUCAUUACACAAACUGGAACAGCACGGUACAGGCUCACUAAUAUCAGCUGUGUCUAUUUUAGCCAGAAAUCCAAUCUGUAUAAUCUGGUUAUAUGGAACCAAAGUCACGGAAAGAGAAAUCUAAUAUGCAAUGUCUGAAUCGCGUCAGAACAACUACGCACUAAAGGAGGUGUGCAGCGCAAUAUGUUGCAGGUUAAUAAACGUUUCAGUACGAUUUCCUACAAUUUACAUUUUAGUGAGAAAUCCUGUGUUUUAAAAUGUGAUGUCCCACCCCAAAUAUACCCUAACCUACUGAAUGUCCAUUGAAAUGUUUGGGGAAACUUUAAUGUGAUAAAAAAAAUCUUCCAUUUAAACUUCCUUUUUUUUAAAAUUAUUAUUGUUUAUUUUUUUUACAACUUGCCUGUUUUAACGCGGACUUAGCAUUUCAGUUUUGAAUUGAUCACGUUUCACUGUUUAGUGUCUAAACUUGUCCGUCUUCAUAAUAUGAUAACUAGCAGUUACGUUGUCUAAUGUGGUUAUAGUACGUGCGAUGGUAAGUGUGAUAUUCAGAGACUGUGAUCACGUUUACAGAUCUGUGCUAGACUUUUAUUUAUAGACUUUAAAAUGUAAACCGGAACAGAGGCCUGGGAACCUCGUUUAUCAUAUAGAUACUCUGUAACAGCCAUCUAAAGCAUUACUCAGCCGAUGCCCAGGGCGAUUCCUGUCUGAUAAGUCAUUAUGUAUAGCUCAAAUGUACGACCACUUAUGGUCUUUGCUCUGUAAUUAACUCUAAUUGAUAUAUUUCAUUGGCCAUAUGUAUAUCUUUUUAUUUUAUAUUUGAUAUUAGUAUCUCUCAUAGUAAAGUAGCAAACUAAAUUUCAAUAUACACAUCUCAUUUGUUUUUGAUGUGCACACAGGCACAGUCCCACAUAUACACAGAUGCAUAGUGCAAAUAUAGGCAUUGGUUUUAUUUUAUUUAUUUAUAUAUAUAUAUAUAUUUAUUUUUAUAGACUAUUACCUAUGUUCUGUUUUUUUUUUUCUUCUAGUCCACAUCAAACUAUCUUGCACGAAGGUUUGGUGUACGUGCUGCUAUGCCAGGAUUCAUUGCCAAGAAACUGUGUCCUAAUCUCACCAUUGUUCCGACAAAUUUUGACAAGUACCGUGCCGUAAGUUCAGAGGUAGGUGGUAUAUAUCGGUGAUGUAACUGCCGAACAUACAACCCUAAUAUAUCGUUCUCAAAUGUUUUUUGACCUUCAGUGAUUUCACUGAAAAUACUCUACAUUAUUAUUAUGAUCACCAUUUACAUGGCGCCAAUAUAUUCUGCAGAGCUUUACAAUACUAUAAAGGGGGAAAAAUUAACAAUAUAUGAGACAAUUGCAAAAUGUUUCAGGAGCAAUAGGUAGGACCCUUCUCAAAAGAGAUAAGUCUGUUCAUCCAAUAUUGAGUACUACGAGUGUAUGUAACCUUUAAAAAUACGGUACAACCUUUAAAUUCUAUUUCCUAAAGAAAGAUUCAUUUUUUCUUAUUUUUUCAUUCUCUUCUCUCUCUGCAUGUGCCAUGCCUAACUAUAUUUUGUUAUUACCGAAUAUGUUGACAGUCACAAUUCAUGUACUCAACGUGCAGGUGUAAUAAAAACAUAAUAAAAUUUAGGAUAAGACCUCGUAUGGGAUGAAUCACACAGACUCUGUGUUAUUGGGUGCUCUUGCGGCAUUAAUCCUGAACCCUUGCAAUCCUAUAUUAACGUUACCAUUUACAUUAAUGAAAUGCACAUCCUUUUCAGAUUCGAGAAAUCCUUGCAGACUACGACCCUAAUUUUCUGCCCUUGAGCCUCGAUGAAGCCUACUUAGAUAUUACAGAUCAUCUAGAGGAAAGACUCAGCUGGCCUGAGGAAAAACGACGGCACGUUAUCACAGAUGAGAACGUCACGGAGGAGAGAACACUUGAAGGUAACACAAAUUGAGAAACAUUUAUCCAUUGACCUCUCUGGAGUGGUGAUUUAAUGUUGAUCCUGAAGGUCAGGAGAUGAAAAUUGUAAUGGAAAACUAGUUUAUGCUAUCCUUGAAUAACAUUGGAAUGCAUAAAAUACUUCUUUAUAUCUGUAAACAUCGAUGCUGGAAGAAUACUUUUAUAUCUGUCUUAGACUAUUGCAGUUAGCAUUACAAAGUGAAUGGUUAGUUUUCAUUUAAUCACACAUUAUUACAAAUCAUUUUCUGUAGUAUCUUUAUACAGAUAUCUCACAGCAAGCACAUACAUUGUCUGCUAUUUCUCUCUAUAAACUCACAUAGUGUUUAUUUUGUGUAAGAGUUAACUAUCGGUAGAUCUCAAUGUGAUGUAAUAUUGUGGUUUAAUUCAUCAUUAUAUAAACAGUCUUGGAGUUUAAACUCAAGAUGAAAAGAUAUGCUGCACAUGUAACACAGUGUUCAGAGUUUUUUUGGUCUCUGUGUGUUGAUGUUUCUAUAUGUAGAGGACCAAUGUGCGUUGCUUAUUACAGACGACAUUGCACAACAUCAUCUAAUAAGAAUAUAUUUAAAGGGACCCUCCAGGCACCAUAACAACAUCAUCAAAAUGGCUUGACCUCUAAGGGUUGAACCGUUUAAGAAACUGCAAUGAUUGUAUUGCAGAAUUGACGCCACCUCUAGUGACUGUUUACCAGAGAGCCACAAGUGGCACUUCUGAGUCCUUAGCAGUGUUUUUCUCUGCUAUCCAACAUGGGGUAUCCUCACACUUUGCAUGAAAACUUCGAACAUCUUCUGUUUUCCCCAUAGGAUAGCAUUGAUUCAAUGUUUUCCUAAGGGGAAGCUUCAGUGUGUGCAUGGGGCUUGCCAAACAUGUGUAUUCAGUCUUACCAUCGCCGGGACAUGCGCGGGAGGAGGAGACCUAGCAUAUACAGGUUUGUAUUCCUAACUCUAUCGUGUUCCUUCGAUUUCCAAGGUUUGGACUAAAUGGCAGAAUGAAUAUAAAAAAAAAACAAUAACAUUGAACAUUUAACAAGUGUGACUUCGCUGAUCAUGUCAUCUUGUCUGGAGUUGAGCAAAACCAUAAUUAAUUGUCUAUGCUUUAAAGACUAGCCGGGUUCCUAAAGUAGAAUACAUAGGUAACUAGGAACAUCUUUUCAAAGCGGUUAUCGUAACCUAAAUUUCCAGCCAAUUCCCGCUUUAGUAAAUAGUAUGUCUACAGACGUUUUAUCAAGCAUGCUUUCUAUGGUGAUCUUCUAGGUGCUGAAACUGGGGAACAAGUACAGUGCACAUCACCCGUUCUUUUUGAAGACAGCCCUUCCUUCCCUGCUGACCAGAACGGUACAGUUACAACUCCGGACAAUGCCGAAAGGAACCAGCUGGUUAAAACGGUUGUUUUUGGCAUAUCCAAAGAGGAUGCUGUAGAGGAAAUGCGCUUUCGUAUUGAGCAGAAAACCAAACUGACCGCAAGCGCAGGUAAUGUAUGCUAGUUUUAAGUCUUUCACCAUUGCAUUGUGCAUUAUAGUGGAUUUAAUAGACCUACAACGUUAUUCCAGUUUGGAGUUUUAGCAUCCUUUUUGAACAUAUUCAGGUAAUCUUUGCAGAUGUUACCAGAUGUUAAAUUUUUUCUUCUCCAGGAUAUUGUCAGCUUUUUAUAUUUUUGUAAAUGCUCAGCUUGAAUGAAUUUGUCAUAAUAGAAAUAAGUCAAAUGUUUAGGCAGACUAGAUGGGCCGAAUGGUUCUUAUCUGCCGUCACAUUCUAUGUUUCUAUGUUUUUGUAUUUUAAUUUUAAGAAAACAAAUCAACUUAGAACAUUUUUUAAAGGACCCUGCUUUAACUAAGUAAAAAAAAAAAAAGUGCAAAUAUACGUUGUUUAUAAUUUCACGUAUGGAACAGCAUAAAACAGAUUUUUAUUUUAUUUUUUUAACACAAAAGAUAUUGUUAACAAGUCAAACAUGCCCCAACAUUAUACAAAUUGCUUACAUUUUUUUUUAUUUUAUUUUUAUUUUUUUAUCUACUUCUCUUCCUCCAUAAAAUUUUUAAAAUACUUAACUGAAAAUUAUAUGGAGAAAAAAAAAUGACUGUACCAUCCUUUUAAAACUAGCUGACUUGCCCGGAACUUCUAUGGCAUCACCCUCGGGCAAUGUUAUUUUAACGUACACGAACAAAACAGAAUAAGAUCUUUGUUCACAUGUUCAGAGUUCAUUGAUCCCAAAUAUGUGUCAAAUUUGGGUAAUUUUCUACAACAAGAGUUUACUGUUGGCAUGGCAUGAUAAUAGGUAGGUAUUUGGUAUUUCAUUUUUAUGAAUGGUUAUGGGUACAGAAAACCCUUACGUUAGAGUGGCUGUAGGGAAAGUCUACUAUAUGUUUGGCUCAAGCUGGGAUUCAUUAGGCUGCUGCCCAAAAAAGCAACAUUAUUACAAAUCCCAUGCAACUCCGUAUGAUAUCAAAAUGUCCGCACAAAGCAUAACACACUGUGCAUGACGUGCUAGAAUAUGGUUUUAUUAUUUUAAUUUCAGAAAAAUCUGUUGGAUGUUUCAAUCCAUUUUCUGUCUAAAUUUUGUUUAGAAAAACGGUUUACUCUGGUUGUCGUUUUCUCAAAUAGAAUAACAUAAUAACUGCUUAAAUAGGUCUACUCACAGCAGACUCACUACUUUGCAACAUUGCAUCCAAUGUUUGGCUUUUGUUAUCUGAAUAGCUGUAAUGGGACCUCUGACUGCAUACAUAAAGUACAUUACAAGCAAUGGCUUUUACCAAAUAUGAUCAUCUGCACACUGCAAACAGCAGGGUUUGAAAUUGAAUUGUGGAGAAGUUGGCUAAUGUAAUGAAACACUAUUUUAUAGAAAGCACAGCAAAUUACUUGUAACAUAAUUAUACUCCCAGCUAUUGUAGAACUACAACUAACAUAAAGCUCUGCCGACCUCAGAUUAUGUGACAAGCAUAAUAAGCGAUCUAUGUAGUUUGAAUGUCUCUUUAAACCCGUUAUCCAGUAUUCAGAAACAUCAUUGUUUUGAACAUCUUUCAAUGACUGUUAUUCAUCAUUCCACUAUUAAAUUGUAUGAUCGGGACGGUGAAUUCUGUAAGAUUUAUAGUCAUAACUCAACAUUGCCUGUUGGCAAUUCCUGCAUUGCUGACACUGGGUAGUGCUCGCUACUGACCAGCACGUGUUGAAAGAGGUGUUUCUUUUCCAAACAACCAUUAUUACCCAGGUGUUCAGAUACAAGCGGUACAAGCUCGCAUCGGUGGCUUCCCAGCGCAUUUCACACAGUGAAGUACUAAGUCAUAGGUUGAUGUCUCUUUUAAAAAAACAUAUACAGGGGGGGCGUGGCUAGCCGAGCUACAGAGCGGUCGAGGUUUUACUGAGCUCCCGCUAUAGAAGUGCAAAACUGUCUAUUUUGCCACAAAAGAGAGCAAAUUUUAACGUUGCCGACACCUGAGGGAACUCCCCAAGAGAGAGAUGGGGCGCAAACACCGAAGAUUUGCCCAAGCCGAGAGCAACAGUCACACAGAUAUCCGACUGUCCUUCACCAGGCCGCAGCCGCAGGCCCGACCAAACAUGGCGCCCGUGGAAACACGCAGCUCCAGCGAUUCUGAACGAUCGCUGGAUGAAGAGACACCCCAAGCACCCAAUCCCAGCAGCGGGAUAUACCAGAGGUCUGAAUCAGACUCAGACAAAUCCCCCUCCACCAAGGAAGAUAUUAAAAACCUCCUGCGGGAUCUGAGGGAGGUAUGGAAAGCCGACUUCGCUGGAGUACAGGAGGAGGUCGGAGGCCUGAACCGCCGUGUGAGAGAAGUGGAGUGCAGGGAAGUAGAGAGGGGAAAGAAGCUGGACGAUACCAGCUCCCGCCUAAAUACACUCACCCAACAAGUACAGCGCCUCUCCCGCACAGUCACCUCCCUAGAGACACGGCACAGACGUAAAAACAUCAGGAUCCGUGGGGCCCCAGAGUCAAUAGGCCAAGAAGCUCUGAUCAGCUUUACCCACGAGGUCCUGAGAGAACUCGGAGUCCAGACGGACGCAGAGAGACCGCCAAUAGUGACAGCCUUCAGGGUCAGGAAGGCCCCCACGGCACCCGCGGACGCCCCCCGGGACAUCAUAGCCACCACCAGAGACACCAACGUGAAGUCCUCUAUAAUGGCACGGUCCAGACAAAGACCAAGUCUGCUCAUAGCCAAUACGAAAAUCACAGUAUACGAUGACUUACCUUUUGCAAUCUUACUUGAACGGCGUAGGUUCGCACCCACCACCCGGAUCCUUCGAGACAAAGGCAUUAGAUACCGAUGGGGACUUUCGGGAACACUGGUGGUACCACAUGGGGACACUGUACAUGUUCUUUCGGCUUCUGAGGACCACACUGAGUUCCUGAGAGGCCUUGACCUGCCGGCACCACCUCCAGCGACACGGCCAGCAGUGGCAGCCCAGUCAACCGCGAACCCCACAGGGGAAAAAGAAACUAGCCGGAGACGCACACCCAAUAGAGUGGAAAGACCAUCCAUAGGACUCUCCAACCCAGGGGUAACCUAGCCGCGAUGGCAGGGAGGGGAGGCCAACUACCGCCCAUAAGGGCACACCCGGGACUGAUCUCUUGGACUUCCAGGCAGCAAAUCCCUACCAGCACUAACUGAAGGCUAAACAAGUGCUCCUAACUGCUAAUGUAUUCUAUUCUAUAAUUUUAUUUUAAUGUUUUUUGUUCUCUUUUUCUUCUCUCUUUCCGCUCUCUGGUUUAUUCAUAUGUUAUGCCAUGACUACUGUUAUCAAAGACCCAAUCACAACCUCAAACACGACCACAGACAGGAUGGGACACUCAGAGAGAGGCAAAUGUAAACGAGCAUUCAUAAUAGAAUACACCACACAACAGACACCAAAAACUACAAGCCCAACAUCCAACGGCACACCUCUCUGACACACCACUCCUGUACCACAACAUACACUGCAGGAACUGGGACCCCCACCGUAAAAGCAAGUAAAAACCCCACUACUCCUGGGAUAUAUCACACUGCACUUAUCCAAAAAACAAACAAUCCAGUACCGAAUGUCAAAAGCAACGUCUCUCAUUUACUUGCUACUCCACGAAUUAGUAUACUCGACUAGACACCACUACCUAAACAGGGUCUGAGUCUGGGACCCAAAACACAACAAAUCCUAUGGUUAGGGUCGAGCUGACUGCCCACUAAAGAAGCCCAGAUACAUGCAGAUGGCACAACCCAAGUAAGGGAAAAUAACACUCACCCCAGACUGUGGUACCAUACCAAUGGGUCUCCGGUUUAUAUGACUCUAAAACAUUCCUAUCCUCCAUACUGAAAAGAGAAUGCCAUGUACUAUGCUGUUGAACGAUAUUGUUAUAUUAACUUGCUACACACAAGAUCUUUUGUAUUUCCAUAUAAUAUGCAUCUAAAAAAUCAAAAAAAAAGAAUUAAAAAAAAAAAAAAAAACAUAUACAAUUUGUGUUUUUUGAAAUCUGUUGAUUUCUAAUGGAGAAAAAACAUCACAAGAAUAACUUUCUUAUCUUUCUCCAUUAAAUAAUGGAUCCGUUUAUUCCAUUAUUACUUCAUUACGUGGCUGUAUUCCAUUGUCACUAUGAAGAGGCAGUAAAAUAAAAAUGUCUGUUAUCCGUUCAGGCUUGAGACUUUGUUUACUCAUAAAUAGAAUUAUAACAUUUUCUAAUGACAGAUUAAAAAAAAAAAAAAAAACUUCACGGGGUCCAAUAAAGUUCCAUAAAACUAUAUUUCAAGUUGUAGUGAUCCAUAAUCCUCUCGAUGUCCCAGUGAUAAUAUAUUUGGCUUCUUAGUGCUAAAUUUGAUUCCCCUCUGGAGGAUAGACGCAGGGAAGGUCUCAUGAAUUGCAGACAUUAUUUUCGAUCUAUUGAUUCGUGCUUUGUAAUACGGACCACAAAUCACUGCGCUAGCUGUUCAGUAAUGGUAAAUGAGUGUUCCUCUGGGCUAGGCCUGCUAGUCGAAGUAUGCUUGAAACCAAUAAGUCAAUAAUAAUAAUUAUGCACAUAACCCAUUAUGUUUAGCAGAAUCUCAUCACGCAUUUUGUUUUACUUUGUAUUUAGGCAUUGCUCCAAAUAUGUUGCUGGCCAAGGUUUGCAGCGAUAAGAACAAGCCUAAUGGGCAGUAUACCGUCCCCCCCGACAGGCAAGCCGUAAUGGAUUUUAUCAAAGAUUUGCCAAUUAGAAAGGUAGGUGAUUAAAUCUGCCUCUAGAAAAUAUAGAUGGAGAUGAAGAUAUAUAUAUAUAUAUGGAGUGGAAGCUAACUUUGUGACAACAGAGUUACAGAAAUUCUUGAUCCAGUCCACACCUAAGACUCCGAUUAUUUACACCUUACCCAAGGUACACAAGAGCAUUGAUCAUCCACCAGGCAGACCCAUAGUGUCAGCCAUAGGGGGAGUACUGGAACCAUUGGCUCAGUGGCUGGACUAUUUAUUUAAAGAUACAGUUGUCAAGCUUCCCACCUGCAUUAAAGAUACCCCAGACCUAUUGAAACUUCUGGACACCAUCAAUUUACCCAACACUACUACACUGCUGGUAACGUGUGAUGUGAAAAGUCUCUACACAAUCAUUCCUCAUUUGGAUGGUAUAGAAGCAAUGCGCAAAGUGUUACAAGACUCAACAACAUACACAGGCCCCCCGAUUGAAUACGUCAUGGAAAUCCUGGAGGCAGUCCUUACACUUAACUACUUCAGAUUUGAAGAAACUUGGUACCAGCAAAUAGCGGGGACCUCCAUGGGAGCAGCUAUGGCACCCAUGUAUGCCAACAGCUUUAUGUAUAUAUUUGAGACCCUCCACAUUCUACAACCGUAUGAAGCAAAUAUUUUAUUCUAUAGGCGCUUCAUUGAUGACGUGUUCCUUAUAUGGAAGGGAGAUCACCAGUCCAUUUUGGAGAUGAUAGAGGCCAUCAACAGGGCACCCACACCGGUCAAAUUAACGAUGACAGUGAGCCAGGAUGCAGUGAAUUUUUUGGAUGUCCAUAUCUUUAAAAAAGAGAUGAAGCUUGGGUAUACUUUAUUCACCAAGACAACGGAUCGUAACACCCUACUCCAAGCUGACAGCUUUCACCCACGACACUUGAAAGAAUCCUUACCACUCUCCCAGUUCCUAAGGGUUAAAAGGAAUAGCUCAGAUCCCAUGAGAGCAUGCUUACAAACUAAAGAAACAUGGAAUAGGUUUAAACAGAGAGGCUACAAGGAUGCUACUCUUCAGAAAGCACUUGAUAAGAGCCAACAGCCUAUGAGAGAGAAAAAAGAUGAUACACCACGACUAGUCUUUCCGACCACCUACAAUACGGCAUCCCACAGCCUCAAGAACACCUUGCACUCCAACUGGCGUUUACUAUCAGAAGAUCCAACACUACCAAAAAUCUUUCAGAAUCCACCCAUGUUGUGCUAUAAACGGGGAAAAAAUCUACGUGACCUCCUGGUAAAGACGGACCCAGUACACUGCUACACCAAACAACAAACAGCACAGAGCCUUGGUUGCUAUCGCUGUCUGGGCUGUGUCACCUGCAGCCACAUGAUACCUGGAAAAUUCUUCCAGCAUCCACACACUGGGCGGAAGUACCAAAUUAGGCAUAGGUUGACCUGCACUUCGGAUUUUGUCAUCUAUAAACUUCAGUGUCCGUGUGGCCUCUCCUAUGUGGGCAAAACUGACCUCCCACUGAGGGAACGGAUCCGCAACCACAGAUCCAACAUUCGCAUUGCCUAUAGGGACAAUAAGGCUGAACUCCCUGUAGCAAAACACUUUUUGGCCCAUGGCCACACGUUACCCACCCUGAAAUUUAUGGCUAUAGACCAUAUACCCCCCCUCAGACGUGGGGGUGAUCGAAGUAAACUUCUUCUACAACGUGAAACGUUCUGGAUAAAAACUUUGGACACAGUAUAUCCCAGAGGCUUGAACGAGAAGUACACAUUAUCUAUGUUUCUAUAGUACAUUUUUUUGUUUCCCUGUAGGAGUUAAAUACACUGUUUAAUCUCAUCCAAUAAUCCUAAACAUAUUUGUUUAUACAGCAAUGUGUAUAAAUUGUCUUGUUGAUAUAAUUUGAUUUAUGCUCCCCCUGCAUACAUUGCAUAUCAUUCCAUUGCUUAUUCCAUGCAUGGUAAUUAGGCUAUUACACAUAGUUUGGCCACACAUACUAAUCAUAUAGGGGUUAAAUACCCUACUAGACCACCAUACUCCAAUGCUGUGUGCUAUGUACCUAAGAGAUAACACUACUCAUGUCACAUCUUGUAUAUAAUCAUAAAUAACUAUGCAGGGGACACUAUGCAAUUCAACACUGGUCAUUUUGUCUGUCCAUAUUAUUUAUUAAACUUUAGUACCCUAUGCAUAAUCAAUGUAUUAACAUGGUAACACCUCCUGCCUUGAGCUGUUGUUUUUAUUUUUAUUUUUAAAAUCAUGUAUGUCUAUAUUAAAUGUGUUUUUUAGAUCCGAACCAUGAGAUAUGCCCACCCUAUUUGCUACAAGUUUAAGAAUAGACUUAUAGUUCAGCUCUUUCCUCAGUUACACAGGAACAGAUACACCCUUUCAGUGCUGCAUUGGAUGAAUUGCUCCAGCACUCAAAGAGUGAAUUUCCAGUAUGUUAACAGAUUUUGGAUUCCUGAUGGCCCUUCCAGCCUGUUAUACUGUUUAAAUAUAUGAAGACAGUCAGAUUCAUUUUUGAAACAUUCUAGACUCUGUAUCCACUCCUACUUUACCCUGAGCUCAAUCAUGAUUGUAGCUACUAGGACACAAAGUGGAAAGCAACCAGUCCAGUUGGAUUGUUACUUAGUAACCUGUAGCCCCGCCCCUUUUCUGGGCCUUGCACACAUGGCCACCACACUCAGAGUUGCAUUACUCUCUAAUGCAGGGCAAGCUGUCUCAUGGCUAGGUGAGUACACAAUUAAGGUAAAUUAUUUUGAGGGAUUGGGGGUAUAUAUUUCUUUGUGUCUGCACUUGUAAGUUAUGUUUUGUCCUGAUGAAAGCUCCAUGUGGGAGCUGAAACGUUGACUUUUUAAAUGGAUUGAAUAAAAGCUAAAUUUUAUUUGAAAAUCUCUAUAAAGUCCUUGGAGUGCGGUCAUUUCUGCUAUGUCUAUAUAUAUAUAUAUAUAUAUAUAUAUAUAUAUAUAUAUAUAUAUAUAUAUAUAUAUAAAAAGGUACAGAGGGUACACAAUGGUAAACAGUGUGCUAUAGGGUUUCAGGGGUUUAUUCUGCAGAAAUUAGAAUAAACUCUGAGAUUACAACAUGCUUUGCCAUUAUGGUUCUUUUCCAUUGUAUUGUUUGUAUUUAGUUGAGAGUUAGAGGGCUAGGGAUGUUAAAGGGACUCUCCAGACCACUUAAGCAUCUUAGCUUGCCUGCAUGUUGUAUGUGUGAAGAGUGUGUCCUCUUUUUAAAAAAUAAAAUAAAAUAAAUUUAUUUUCAAAAUGUGCAGUUUUCAAUAGAAAUUGGCACUUGUAUAAAUUAACCUGGUUACACCCCCCCGGCUGUGAAUCGGUGAACAUGUCCUGUUACUUCCUGGUUGUUUAGCUCAGUGGAGAUAAACUCAAGAGGCAGCAAUUGCACAGAGCACCUGCCGUGCAAAGACUUCUCAUUGAUUUACACUGGAAAGUCUGUGAUUGGACAGCCACAGAAAGCCUGGGCGGAGUUAGAAGAGGAGGACUUGCAAAGGCUUCACACAAGAGAUCUACAGUUUUUGCAAACUGUUUUAAGAUUUACCCUAAUGAAAAAAAUGCAUAAUUAAAUGUAUGCAUGCUUUUAUUGCUGGUAUAUCUACUAACAGUGAUUUAAAAUUAAUAAAUGUGGCUAGUGGAGUGUCUCUUAAAUGGUAAGAGUUAUGAUAAUGCAGGGGUUAAUGAUUUGUGUCAUUGUAGUUUUAAAACUAUGUAUAGUAUAGGGUCUGAGCUUCAGGUCAGUGUGUGCGUGUAGAGUUUGGUCUUUUUAUUUAUUUUUUGUAAAUAUGUUUUUAUUAUUUGCGAAGAUUGUUUAAGUAUAACAUUGAGACUCGCAGGUCUCCACUAUUAUAGUAUGUAUACGAUUCGACAGUAUGCAUUGUGUACAGACAGCAGGGAUAUCUGAAUAUUUGCAGGUAAAGUGGCUCGCAGGCCCAGGUAUAUUUCGGAUUCGCAGGUCCUCAUUGGUGUUGCUGGGCAUGCAUUACCAUGCGGAUGUGAUGGAGCUUACUGGGUCAUAUUUCGUUACUAGUAUUGUAUUUAAUCAGAUAUUCACCCGUUUAUCUAUGCAUUGCGCUUCGGGUCGAAGUCUCUACCUGAUCUAUUAAUGCGAGAAAUAGUUUCCAUGUGUCGACUAGCUGAUUGUGUGGAAGAUGCCCUAGUCUCUUUCUCGCUUAUUUGCUUGGCUAUAGGUGUCAUCGCUAAUCCUUAUGGCAGAGCCUGCAGUUCGCGUGGAUCUCUUGUCGUGCCCUUCAUGUUGCUGUUGCUGGUGUUGUCGAUUCUUGUGUGUAGGUUUCUAUACUGCGUUAUAGGUGUGUGCAUCAUUAAUAUCUUAAGGAGAGUAUGGUGUAGGUCUAAUUAAUGUUCAAUCGUAUGCUUUGUAUGUGUAUUUUUCCCCUCCAGCUACUCUCCUGGUGACGGUAUUUGCAGCAAGGCAUAUCUCGUGUUCUCUAUGGAUCGGAUAGCCUCCCACGUCACAUUUGAACUGGGUGCUUAUCCUUUUUUCGGAGGUUAGCAUGUCAUAUGUCUGGUGGUGUGUCUCUCCGUCCCCACCCCCAUUCCCCUGGGCCCCAGGAUCUGUUAGUCUAGUGGAUGAGAGGAUAGGAGGGAUGUGAACAGGGUUUAGGUAUAAUGAUAGGGUGCAGAGAGUGAUCUGUAUUAAGCGGGGUUCGUGUCUGCUGUUGCCCCGUUAGUGGCUUCGGGAGUGUCCUCGUCUUGCCUGUAACGGGUUAUAUAUAGGAACCAUGGUAGCCACAUCUCUGUAUGUUUUGUUCCGCGUUCUGUCAGGGAGGCAUAUAUUUCUUCUGCUCCCUGGAUGUCUUCCACCUUGCGGAUCCAUUCUUUUUUAGUUGGUGUUUCACUUUUUUUCCAGUGUGCCGGUAUGUUAGCUUUGGCCGCGUUUAACAGGUGACGCACUAUCGAUUUUUUUUUUUUUUUGUACGACUGGGUAGAUUGCGUCGAGAUGUGCAGCAGGGCCAGUUCUGCGUUCCAGUCUGGUAUGUCCCCCAGGAUAUUGGUCACGGUAUCUCUACCCACUCUACCCAUUGUUUCGUCGUAGGUUCCAGGUGUCAGUCCAGUAUACGUUGCAUUACCGUAGUUUGGUGAUAUUUCUUAAAAUCCGGUAGUGCUAGUCCCCUGUGGUUCCUUGGUCAACAAAGAAUGUUGUGUCGGAUCCUGGAACGUUCGCCGCGCCAAACAAAUUUGAUUAUAGUCGUUUUUAAGGAGGAGAAGAAGAUCCCUGGUAUAGCUAGUGGAAUCGUCUGCAUGAGGUAUAGGAUUCUCGGUAGUAUAUUCAUUUUGAGCAUCGCCACUCUUCCGUGCCAGGUUACGCGUGGGUAUGACCAUCUAGUCAGGUCAGCGAGGAUUGUCUUUAGAAGAGGGGUGAAGUUGAAUUGGUAUAUAUCUUCAGGGUCUGUGGCCACCCAUAUGCCCAGGUACUUCAUCUUGCCAUAGCACCAGCGGAAUGUGAAUUGCAAUUCUAGAGAUAUGUAUUCUUCUGUAGGGAUUGUGAUGUUCAAGACUUCGCAUUUUGAGAGAUUGAGCUUGAAGCCCGAGAUCUUUCCGAAUUUAUCGAAUUCUGAUAGGAGACACGGCAGUGUGGUUCUGGAGUUCUGUAUGAAAAACAGGAGUUCGUCCGCAUAUGCGGCCACUUUAUGGUGUAUUUCUUGCCAGUUGUACUCUUGAAUAUUUGGGUUUAGGCGGAUUGCCUGUAGUAGUGGUUCCAAGGACAUUGCGAACAGCAGCGGUGAGAGUGGGCUUCCCUGUCGGGUGCCAUUGCUGAUCGUGAAAUCAGCUGUCGUGGCCCCGUUGACUCUCACAGUCGCGCACGGUUUGCUAUAUAAGGCUGAUAUCCAUGCGAGGAGCCUCUGCCCGCAUCCCAUCUGUUGCAAGGUCGCCAUCAUGUACGUCCAGUCGACUCUAUCAAAUGCUUUUUCCGCAUCUGUAGAUAGUAGUAAUAGCCCGUUCUUGGUCUUCCUUGCGUGUUGUUAAAUUCAGAAGAGUCGUAAUGUGCUAUCCCUGGCCUCCCUACCCGGGAUGAAGCCCAUCUGGUCCACUUGUAUCAGGUCUGGGAGGAGGUGGUUGAGUCUAUUUGCUAUAACUUUCGUGAAUAAUUUGGCAUCUACGUUUAGCAACGAGAUGGGACGAUAGCUACCGCAUAACAGUGGGUCCUUUCUCGGUUUAAGCAAGACUGUAAUGGUCGCAGCCAGGGAUAUUGAGCCUAGGUUCUCUCCAUCUCCCACAGCGUUGAUCACUUUGGUUAGCCAUGGCAGCAGUAGGCUUGAGAAGCUCUUAUAAUAUCCAGUCGAGAAGCCGUCUGGGCCCGGUGCCUUGCCCGAUUUGGUCACUUUGAGUGCCGCCACCAGCUCUUCUGUGCUGAUCGGUGCGUCAAGUGCUGACGCUCAGUCUUGAUUAAUCUUGUUGGUGAUCGUGUUGGACAAGUAUUCCCCUAUCUGCGUGGUGUUGCUUACGUCACGGGCUAUCCCCGAAGACGGGUGUAAAGGGUCUGGUAGAAGGUCCUGAACUCUUCGGCGAUCUUCUGUGGAAAGGGGGUCACUUCCCCCGAGGCAAGGCGCAGUUUGCGUAUUUGUCUACGGGGUAUGGGGCCCUUUAGUAGCCUUGCUAAGUAUUUCCCCCCUUUAUUAGCGUGGGCAUAGUAAAAGCCCUUUGUGCGCUGCAGAUUUCGGAGGUGCUUUUUUGUGAUGAGUUCUUUAAGUUUUCUUCUGUGUUCCAUCAGUUCCCCGUAGACUCCAUUUAAUUGGGACCUUUUGUGGUGGCUUUCCAGUGUUGAUAUAUUUUGGUACAGGUCGGUCAUCUCAAGCAUAUUCGCUUUUCGUUUUUGCAAUGCGAAAAAGUAUGCUGCGGAUAACGCUCUUGUGAGCUUCCCACACGGUUAUCGGAGAUGCCUCCAGUAGACCAUUUUCUCUAAAGUAGUGUUCUAGCUCUUGGUUUAUCUGUUCUUUAGUGCCUGGGUCCACUAGGAAUGCCUCGUUAAGUCUCCAGGUCCAAGUUGAUGGGCGGAACAUGGGGGACUCCAGUUCCAUCCUAACCGAGCCAUGGUCCGACCACGUAGCUGGGUCGAUAUCGGCUCCAAGUAGGCGGGCGAGUCCCUCUUGUGUAAUGAAGAGGUAAUCUAUGCGUGAAGGGCGGAAUAAUAGGUAUAAUCUUUCACCGAUGGAUUGAGCGUUCUCCAACAGUCGACCAACCUCAGGUCCUCCAGCGAUCGUCGGAUAGACCUUAUGCUACCCUGCGGAAGACAGCUAUGUCCCGAUGAUGAGUCUAGCACUGGGUCCAAGGGUACAUUGAAGUCCCCUCCCACAAUCAAUAUUCCAUCCGUGAAGUCCUCCAGUAUGUGUAGUGCAUUUCGGAGGAAAGGGGCUUGUCUUUGGUUGGGGACAUAGAUGUUUGCCAAAGUGUAUAUCCUGUCUGCUAUGACGCCUUUUAAGAAGAGGUACCGCCCUUGUGAAUCUUGUGCACGCUCUAUUUCUUUGAAUUCAAGCUCUGCCACUAGUAUUAUGGCUGUCCCUGAUUUAUGAGCCGUCGAAUGGUUGGAGAAAUAAUUGUUUGGGUAAUGCCUGUUUUGUAGUUUAAGUGCCACGCCUUCCUUGAAGUGGGUUUCCUGGAUCAUGGCCACUGCUAUAUGCUUUUUCUUCAGCCAAAUGGGUCGCAAUAAAAGACCAGAGCAGCCCCAGACCCCAAGGAGGGAAGGAAGGGGGGGUAGAGAGAAAGGGGGGGGGGUGGGGAAGGAGGGUGUCCCACGUUUAGCGGUGGGAGGUUGCAUGUGGUGAGACGCGUCGUCCUAUUUCCCUUACCUAUCCUCCACCCAUGCCUCCUCCCCCUCUGCGUCAUGUAGUCCGCAUGUAUAGGUAUACACUUGUAAACACCAGUGACAAAAUCAGGAAAUAUCCACAUGACAGUGUGUAAGCCAGGGGUCGUUAAGUGCAGAUCGGGACUCAGUUUGUCCUAGUGCUCGCCCAUGCCCUCACCCAGACAGCCCCCUCCCCAAACAGGUGAUCCCGGGCCUCUGUGGAGAAGUGUCCCCUGGAGUGCUAAUUAGGGGGGCAAAUGGGUAGUCAUGAUGGUUGUAACCCAGCAUGUGUGUGAUCUCCUGGUGUAUGCCUGCGAUCCCAAGAUCCCCCGAGUGGUGACCCAGCGUACCUGUAGGUGUUCCAAUCACCUUUGCAUCACAGUCCAAUCAUCGGGGGCUGGUGCAGUUCACAGUUGCCCAGUCACAUCAAGGGGUCUCUGGCAACUCUUGUAGUAGGGUCUAAUUUGGGAGGCAGCGUUGGUCGGGUGUCUGGGGUGCUGAUGUCAUCGCGGGUGAGUAGGUACUCACUCCUUCGGGGAUGUCGGGUUCCUGCGCCGUUUGGCAGGCUGAGGGGAGGGGGAUCGUGCUUCUCGCCGCCUGGGUCCUCUCUGUGUUCUCUGCGGAGUGGCCGACGGUCCCAGGAUCCAGUUGGGGACGACCGGUGUCAGAAGGCCCAGUUCCUCAAUGAACCUUUGUACUUCUUCAGGCCAGCGUAUUGAGAUCCAGCCAUUGCGUUGUCUGGUCAUCAGGGCAAAUGAGAACCCCCAUUUGUACGUUAUAUUGCGUUCCCUUAAUGCGGUCGUCACUGGGCGGAGAGCCCGCUGGGCCUCCAAUGUGAUGGGGGGACAGGUUGUUGUACAGUGCCACUUGAGUACCUCUGCAGGGCUACGUUGGUCUUUCCCGGGCCUUCUUCAUAAUGGUAUCUUUAAUUGGGAAGGAGUGUAGGCAGCAUAUGAGAUCUCUCGGCCCUUCUUCCAGAGUUCUGGGCCAUGUUGUUCUGUGUGCCCUCUCGAACUCUGUGCUGUGGUGAGGUCGGCUGUAGAAGGGUUUGAAAGAGUUCAGUAAGUAUCUCUUCGACAUUUUCUGCUCCCUCAGCCUCUGGCACUCCGCGGACGCGGAUAUUGUACCUCCGGCCUCUGUUAUCCACAUCUUCGAGGUGCCGUCUCAUUGACAGGAGCAUCGCGCCUUGGCUCGCUAUCGCAGUGUCCAGAGAUGCAAUGCGCACUGUGAGGGCCUCAGUCGCCUCCUCCAUCGCUGUGAUGCGGCCUGCAUGUGAUGCGACCUCCGAACGGAUCCCCGCCAUUUCUGCUCUUAGAGUGUCUUGAAUGGUGGUAAGUGUCCUGAGGUCAUCCUUUGUGGCCAUGGAGGCCGUCAGGUUCUGCAGCCUAUCCUCAAUUCUUUCGAGGGUUGUGCCAUCCGACCCCGAUGGGGACGUCGGCGCCAUCUUGGGGCUUCCCGGCUCUCUGCUGACGCUCGGUUGUGGUUGUAGGAACCCGUCCAGGGGGCCCUGUCUGAGGCUCCUUGGGGUCUGGGGCUGCUCUGGUCGUUUAUUGCGACCCAUUUGGCUGAGUUUACUGCGUAUUAGAAGCUGUUCAAGGGUCCGGUGAUGCGGAGCUCUCCCUCUACACGGCCAUCUCGGUUAGAGCCGGAACGACGCCACCCGAGUUUGGUCUUUUUAUUGUGUCCGCAAUAUGCUUAAGUUAAAACAAUAUUUGAUGAGAAUGAAGCUUUUUCCUUUUCACCCAAGGCAAUGUUCCAGUGGUAACUGUGACUUAUACAAAUGAAACUGGAGAUUGAGGAUAGUAUGAUAAAUUGUAGUAAGAACAGAGAUGGAGAGAAUUGGAAAAAUAAAUUUAAAAUGAGUGAUGGGUGGAGUGGGGGAAGACACGUGAGGGAUCAGGCUGUCCGUAUCCAAUGGAUGACUGUGCACUUUGUUUCAUAGGUCCCUGGCAUUGGGAAGGUAACAGAGAAAAUGCUGAAAGCUUUGGGAGUCGUGACAUGUACUGACCUUUACCAGCAGAGGGCACUGCUCUCUCUCCUCUUCUCAGAGACGGCCUGGCAGAACUUCCUCCACAUCGCUAUGGGUCUGGGGUCUACACACGUGGAAAAGUAAGGGACCGCUUUUUACUAGUAAUUUCGGACAUUUCAGAUUGUUAGCUGUCUCUCGUUAAAUGGAUAUUAAGGGAUUAUAGACAAAUAUUCUGAGAAACAUUUUCAUGUCUCAUGUUAUUCAACUUGUCCUUUAUAUAUGAAUACAGAAAUAAAUGUAAUAUAUAUAUAUAUAUAUAUAUAUACACAUAUAUAUAUAUAAUAUAUAAAAACGAAUAGAGUAGAAGAGUUAAAUUAGACCCGUCGUUAAUAAUACAGGGAAUUGUGCAACUUAAUGAGGUGCAUUCUAGGUUGUCACCAAAUGUACAAGUGUUCUUUUUCAAUGUUUUAAAUUCUUUGAGAUUAUAUCUCAUAAAAUAUGCAGAAUGGAAUUAAACGUGUUAAAUGAGAAAUGUGCACGUUUACAAGUGAUGAUUUGUAACACAAGUGUACUUGAAAAAUCAAUUGCCAUCUUUUCUUCUCUUUUCAGAGACGGAGAAAGGAAAAGUAUGAGUACUGAGAGGUACGUCACACGAUGUUACUUUUUCCUAUUUAUAUUUACAUUAAAGAGCGGCACCAUAUAGCACAAGCACAGUUUUCAAGAUGAUUUUCACAUUUAGGGUCAGAGUAAAUGAGAUAAUAGCAUAGCUGACUUAGAGAAUUUCUCCUGGUCGGCUAGUUUGACCUUACAUUUGAAAUUCACUUUGAAUUCUUACUUUAUGGAAUAACCCUCACAGUGCUAAAUAUAGUUAACCAAAAAUAUUACCGAUAGCCACGACCUUAUCGCAAGACCUGUAAUAGAGCCUGCCGAUAACACAUCGCCACCACAGGGGCGGAUCCAGCACCUAAUCUCGGGCGGGACACUGGUAGAUUAUUUUCAGUGCUGUAUGUGUAUGUAUGUAUAUACCUAUAUCUAUCUAUCUAUCUAUAUAUACACACACACACACACACACACAGGGGUUUGCAUAAAUUAUAAUAUAACUGUACAUUUAAAUUUUAAAGUGAAAUUAUUCCAAGUAGUGAGUGCUGCCAAUUUGAACAUAUAAGACAUUGUAGACCAAAAAAUGGGUUGCAAGAGUAUUCUGAGAACGGACAGCAGCUAAAAUAGCCUGCCCUUCGGUGGGUCCCCGCUCAGAACUCAAGCUGGCUUUAGCUCAUCUUGUGCCAUUACAGAGAGAACAUAUCUGAAGCAUAUCAGACUUGUCCCACCCAUACGGGCAGUCCAGAUGCGAAAUGCCAGCAAGUUCUCUCUGCACGAGAGAUACAGCAACCCCCAAACUGUAUACCUGUUUUUAUGAUUAUAGUUACCUGUUAUUUAAACUGUAUACCUACUUGUGUGUGUAUAUAUAUAACUUUAUUUAUAUUGUGCAUGGUUAUGUCAAGGACAUCAUAUGACUUUAGAGAGUUAAAGGACGACUCUAGGCACCCAGACCACUUCAGCUCAAUGAAGUGGUCUGGGUGCCAGGUCCAUCUAGGGUUAACCCUGCCUGCUGUAAACAUAGCAGUUUCAGAGAAACUGCUAUGUUUACAAAAGGGUUAAUCCAGCCUCUAGUGGCUGUCUCAUUGACAGCCGCUAGAGGCGCUUCUCACUGUGAUUUUCACAGUGAGAAGACGCCAGCGUCCAUAGGAAAGCAUUGAGAAUGCUUUCCUAUGGACUGGCUGAAUGCGCGUGCGGCUCUUGCCACGCAUGCACAUUCAGCCAAUGACGACUGAAGGAGGAGGAGAGUCCCCAGCGCCGAGGGAGCCCGGCGCUGGAGAAAGGUGAGUGUUUAAGUGUAAAACGAGUUUGUUUUCCUGGCACUAUAGUGGUCCUUUAACAAUUAUUUGGCAUGUCGUAUCAAGUAGGUGGUAACAUCGAGAUCAGCACGCACUUUACAAAGAGAAAAGAAAAAACAAAUAUGAUGAAAUAAUACCAACCUUCCAACAUCGUAAGGUACAUAAAUACAGUAAAUUCACAUUGUGAACACGCUUGAUUCCACAACAGCACAUCGUAUCUCCUAUACAUAGACUUCUACAUUAGCACGGCACAUUUGUCAGAGGGCACAAUGGUUCUGUGAUUGCUUGUUUCCUGGGCCCACACAUCACACAGCCGGCUCAGCUGGGAUUUACCGAUCUCCAGUCGCGCCCUAGCCCCCAGGCCUCCCCAGCUUGCUAUAUUCAAGGGAAAAUGCCACUAUAGCAGGUUUCAUAAAUUUGUUGAUUGUCCAUGUCCUGUAUAAUGGCUUUUAUAGUUUGGGAUCUAGAGUACUUCCAGGCUCUUGCAAUGAAGCGUUGAGCCGUCAAUAGAACAUGGUAUAUUAGUUUUCAUUUCUUUCGAGGGUCCUUGCUGGGUAAGUCUAAUACCAGAAAGGGUAAGGGCUCGAAGGGUAUGUUGAUGGUAGUUAUUUGGUUAAUUCAUUGGUGGACAACUUGCCAAAAUGAGAUUAGAGAUUUGCAUUGCCACCAGAUAUGGAGUACUGUAUCAUCUUCCUCUCCGCACUUCCAGCAUAGUGGGGAUGAGUGCGAGAAUAGCUUGUUUAUGCAAGUAGGCACCAUGUACCAUCGAUAUGUUUUUUUUCUGUUGUUCUAAGAGGGUGGCUGAAUUAAUCAGUGGUUUCGUAGAGGAGAUAAUAAUUUUCCAUUUCUGGUCUGAGAUGUUACAUUGAAGGUCAAAUUUUAUCCAGGAGAAUGCUCAGUAGACCGUUUAUGCAGUGCUCUGUUUAGGACUUAGUGCGGGAGCUACAUCCACGUGCGGCCACUCGGAUCGAGCGCUAGACCACACCCAUACACAGCCCCUAUUUUAUUAACAUGAUGUCACGCCGCUAAAGGGACUGCAUCAUCUAGGCGUCCCCAUGCUGUUUGGCGUCGCAGAGAUUACGUGGACCAAUGAGAACUCAUAUGAAACUAUUAAAGGCCUGCUCUGGCCCUACUCAUUGCCAUAUUGUAGUUUCUGACCUGAUAUGUUAGUGCUAACAGUGUCUCUUGUUAUAACCUGAUAUUGACCUCGGCUUCUUUCUGACUUUGUAUAUUUCUGGGAUCCUGACCGGCUUGUUUCUGACUUUGUGUAUUUCUGGUAUCCUGACCGGCUUGUUUCUGACUUUGUGUAUUUCUGGUAUCCUGACCCGGCUUGUUUCUGACUUUGUGUAUUUCUGGGAUCCUGACCCAGCUUGUUUCUGACUUUGUGUAUUUCUGGUAUCCUCACCCGGCUUGUUUCUGACUUUGUGUAUUUCUGGGAUCCUGACCCGGCAUGUUUCUGACUUUGUGUAUUUCUGGGAUCCUGACCGGCUUGUUUCUGACUUUGUGUAUUUCUGGUAUCCUGACCGGCUUGUUUCUGACUUUGUGUAUUUCUGGGAUCCUGACCGGCUUGUUUCUGACUUUGUGUAUUUCUGGGAUCUUGACCGGCUUGUUUCUGACUUUGUGUAUUUCUGGGAUCCUGACCCGGCUUGUUUCUGACUUUGUGUAUUUCUGGGACCCUGACCCGGCUUGUUUCUGACUUUGUGUAUUUCUGGUGUCCUGACCGGCUUGUUUCUGACUUUGUGUAUUUCUGGUGUCCUGACCGGCUUGUUUCUGACUUUAUGUAUUUCUGGGAUCCUGACCCGGCUUGUUUCUGACUUUGUGUAUUUCUGGGAUCCUGACCCGGCUUGUUUCUGACUUUGUGUAUUUCUGGGAUCCUGACCCGGCUUGUUUCUGACUUUGCGUAUUUCUGGGAUCCUGACCCGGCAUGUGUUUGUGUAUUUCUGCUAUCCUGACCCGGCUUGUUUCUGACUUUGUGUAUUUCUGGUAUCCUGACCCGGCAUGUUUCUGACUUUGUGUAUUUCUGGGAUCCUGACCAGGCUUGUUUCUGACUUUGUGUAUUUCUGGUAUCCUGACCCGGCUUGUUUCUGACUUUGUGUAUUUCUGGUAUCCUGACCCGGCAUGUUUCUGACUUUGUGUAUUUCUGCUAUCCUGACCCGGCAUGUUUCUGACUUUGUGUAUUUUUGGGAUCCUGAACAGGCUUGUUUCUGACUUUGUGUAUUUCUGGUAUCCUGACCCGGCUUGUUUCUGACUUUGUGUAUUUCUGGGAUCCUGACCCGGCUUGUUUCUGACUUUGUGUAUUUCUGGGAUCCUGACCGGCCUGUAAUUCCAUUUAUCAGUACUUUUAUAUCCCUGACCUUGGCUAUUGCUGACUUUGUCUUAGAAACAUAGAAUGUGACGGCAGAUCAGAACCAUUCGGCCCAUCUAGUCUGCUUGUCAUGGGGGAGGGGGCUUGCCCUGGUACCCAGCCCCCUUACGGAUCCUCCCCUGCGCCACAUUUACGUUGCUUGUCUGUCACAUUAUACAUGUAACACUAACUGGAGCUUCCAAUGAACCAAAUGCAAUUCAUUAAAAGUUUAUUCACAAAAGUGUACUCUGUCUGAAAUUCAAAGUAAAGAUUGAUUGAUUUUGUAAACCGAGUUUGGAGAAUGUUUCCAGCUCCACUAGUGUAGCUUUAACUUUAAAUUCAGUUUGAAUUCCUGACAGCCCACACUUUAUAAUAAACCUCUCAGUGCUUUCUCCUUCACUCUGAUUAGAGAUUGAAUAAACCACAAGUUGCACUUUGGACGUUUCUGUUUAUAAGUUUGAGUACUGACCAUAACUCCUGCAUAAUGAAAGGCCACUACUUUUUAUUUAUUUUUUCUUUCUGAUUGUGUGAUUAUGUGUGUGUCUAUAUGUAUGUACGUAUAUAUAUAAUAUAUUUAUAUAUUGAAGCUACACCCUGCCUGUUCUAUUAAAAUAAUAAAAAUGGACUAUUGUUACGGAAAGUAAAGUAUAUCCAAUAAAUAAUUUGUGGUUUCCUUGAUUCGGGUGUCUGUGUAAUUGGUUGUUGCUUCCUUUUUAUUUUUUAUUGGUGCAUUAGCUGAUAUUAUUGAUACAAGUCUGACACGCCCGGCUUUGAUGGAAAAUAACUUUUUAACUUUGGGAUUGGAACUAAUCUCAUAUGUAAGAUAAAGCUGCUUAGCUUAGCAUGCUCACCUAUAAGGUUAUAUAUGCAUUAGUAAGCCAACAGUUAAAGGGACACGCCAAGCGGGUGUUGACCAAUACUAUUUAAUAAAAAUAUAUAGAUAUUGCAUCGCAAAACAAUUAGAAUUGGAGCAUUAUGAAUUAUAUUGAUAAUGCAUAUGCAAAAACAAUCCAUUCAAAAUAAUAGAAAAAUCACUUUUGAAGUGUUUGCAUUUGCUUCAACCUACAGCUCUCAUCACACCAGGAAGUGACUCCUCAUGAUAUCAUUAGUAAUUGAAUUUCUAUAUCGCUGCUAAGCUUAUUCCAUGAAUAAGACCGUUUGAAAAAGACCACUUCAGUGUGCAAACGUUGCUUGUACUUUGUUCCAAUAAACCUGCUGUGGCGGCCACCCCGAGAGAAGAGGGGUUUCUGCCGCCAGAGAUGUCUUUUCCCCCUAGUAUGAGCAAUGCUGAAGUAUUCCCAAGCAAUAAUCCAAGCGAUACAAAGCAGGUAUAUUGGUUCCCUACAAUCACAAGACGAGGCCCUGUGUUGAGGGUAAGCAGGAAAAACUGGUUUUAAUAGGACCAAAGACUGCCUUUUAUGUGAAUCCCCGUGCAAGGGGUUUCCUUUUACAUAUUCCAGGGGCAUUCUCCACUGGACCUAAGAGUAGACUGCUAGAAAGUACACAACAUAAUUACAUUACUUCACAGGUCCAGGACAUACAUGUCAAAUACACCCCAAAAUAUACUUUUAACAAUUGGGUACCCCCUCAAGUCCUAUACCCCGGAUAGCCUGGAUAGGUUGUGUGCUCAGAAACGCCACCAGGGUAUAGUUUGGACCGACAGCAUACAAAGCGCCUGCCUUCCAUAGAUUCAGGCUGUGCUGUCGGUCUCUUUCGGGAGUACAAAACAUAAUAAAAUACUGAAAGUAUCUGUUCGUAUCAGAGUUGGUCGUGUAACCCUCGUUCAGGAGUUUGUUUCUACCGAAACCAGCUCUAUGGGGCAGGCUAAACCGAACAUACUUGGAGCUGGGUGUCCUAGCGGUGUUCGUGCCGUCGAGUGGACGAUUUUAGUUCCAUACACUCGGCGACCAAACACCGCUAUAUGCGGUCACGAAACCAAGAUGGCCACCGCCUCAUGUUUCGUCCAUACAAACGACGCUCACCUAGUUGACCACUUAGAAUGUUGGUAAUUGCGGUUCCCAAAAGUGUGAAAAGAGGUUAGGCAGGUUAAUGAGCAGCACACAACUGUUCUGGGUGGUCAAUCCAUUCGGUAUAUAGUUCAGUAUAUGAACCAAAUUGUUCAAACUGUUCGGUGAUGUUUGUAUACCAGACCAGUUAAAUGUACAACAAUAAUCACAGGGACAGGGAAUCUGUGACACCUGCAUUGUUGGUUAUACCUUGAGUGCUUGGACCAUUGUCUCCUUUCUAAACUUAAUCCAUGGGCAUAUUCUAGGUUUCUGGGAGCAAAUAAUGUCUAGCUUCUAAUUAUCAAUUAUAAUGUGCCCAUCCCUCCAAAGUUAAAGUUAUUUUUAAGGAUAUCUCUCUUUUAUUAAAAAAAUGUGAUGGUAAAUUUUGUUGCUUCUGCUUUUCAGAACCUUUAGUGAGAUACAUGUAGCAGAGGAACAAUUUGAUUUGUGCCAGCAGCUAUGCAAGGAUCUGGCGCAGGACCUCGGCAAAGAACGACUAAAGGUUUGUAGGACAAUCUCUGUAAUCACGAGAACAUGAAUUGAUUAACCAGAGGCAAGGUGAACUAUGUGUAUCAUUCUCAGAGCAUUCCAAGAAUAUCACACAAUAGAGUUUAAAAUUAAAUUUCUUUUGAAGUGUCAUAUGGAUUCCAAAGAUAAAUUCUACUCUAGAACUCAGAUUGGGCAACUAACUCCUAGGAACUGUGUUUGGCUUCCUGUGAGAGAACCUGUUACAUACCUCCCCAUUGUCCUGCAUUUUGUCCUGAUCUUUGGGUCCUGUCCCAUUUUUGAUAUUUGGUGGCCGAUAAAUGGGUACACUAGAGGCAAAGUGAGCACAUGGGCAGACCUGAGCGGGGUUAGCUAGAAUGACUGGCUGUCAACUUGACAUCCAUUAACACAUGCCCCUUUUUUUGAGUCUGCCUGCCCGCAAUGACUCCACUGGCGCCACAGAGAUGUAGUUGACUGGCCGAAGAUCCUGCAUUCAGAAGCCGUGAUGUUCUACACAGCUAAACUUAUAACACAUUAAAGAGGGAAGUACUGAUUUUUGCAAAACCUGAUAUCUAACUAAAAGUGAGCUUUUUUUUGUGCCGACAGAAGUGAGAUUUUGUUUUUAAUUACAUCUGUGGUACUACAGGAUUUGUUUUUAAGAUAACCGUAAUUGCUAAUUAAAAUACCUGAAAUAAUUCUAUGCAUGCUCUUCCAGCUUCAGACCCAGUUAGGGAGCGCCUUUUCUUCCUUUUUCAUUGUCUGUUUUAGUUAUUUAAAAACACAUCUUGCUCCAAUAAUUCUCUGCUUUAACUCCUUGGGGUUUUUAAGCCCAGAAAAUCUCAGAUUCUUUUUCUGUUCUGUUUUAUGAAAUACUGUAUCCUUUCACAUAAAGUAUUAAGAGUUCAGUAACUGGGUGGGAUUGUUGUCAUGUCAGGAUCAUUCCUCCCAUGCAGCUCCUGACUAGCGGCCAAACACUGCACACACCUGCCUCCGUAGGAUAGAACUAUUCCGAGAAUUUCACCCCCAUUUCCUUUUCACAGGGUAAAACGGUCACCCUGAAACUGAAGAAUGUCAACUUUGAAGUAAAAACCAGGGCUUGCACGGUUAACUCGGCAGUAUCUACGGAGGAAGAAAUAUUUUCUGUUGCAAAAGAAAUUCUGAAGGCAGAAAUAGAUUCUGUUGCUCCGGAACCAUUGCGCUUACGACUGAUGGGUAAUAUGAAUAGUAAAACGCGGCUGCGUGUUGUACAGCAGAACAAUAUCGUUAAAAAGUUGAAUAAUCCACAAUAUAAGAUGUGCUCCAGUUGUGUAAUUCGGUGUCUUUCUUCACAUCGGAAAUAUGUACAAAUUUGUUCAAAAUACAGAUUAAGGAACAAAUUAAAAAAUACAGUUUUACAUUCUACUCAGCAGCCUAAAUUAAUCUAUCUUAGGAAACAAAUAUGGGGAUUCAGUUACCCCAUACGGCCAAAUCGUGUUAAGCCCACCACUACGCCACAGUAUGCUUAAACUGCUUUCAGAGACUCUCCUCAAAUGUAUGCUUUCCUGUGGUCACCUCCAACAGAGCACGUAUAGUAGAGGGGUGGGGUACACACCACGAAAGGAAUCUGGUCUGGAUUCCAAAUAUACAUAGAAAAGAAUGUGCUUGGGGGCACACCCAGAACAUGCAUUUCUCAGCUGUAACCACCAAAGUACAUACAAAAUACAGAUUAAGGAACCGUGCACAAAACAUUUUUUAAAUGUUACAUGGCUUCUUAAAAUCAUCUAAUCAAACAAAUGUGGGGAUUCAGUUACACCAUCUGGCCAUUUGUGUAAAUCUGAUGAGAUCCCACAAAAAUCAAGACAAUUACUUCUGUAUAUAUAUUUUAUCUAUUUAACAUACACUGCAAACUGUAGCCAUUCGGUUAUCAUUUCACAUUUAAUAAAGGCGAAAUCUCUUGGUUAGCAAUGAAUGCACACAGCUAGGUGCCAAACCCAAACGCCAACCAGUGCGAAAUGCCAGAUCCAGUUUUCAAUCUGUGACUUGUCUGUCUAUGUUUGUUACUGAUGCACAUUACGAUGCACACAUACACAUGUAUAACGAUACAUACGAUGUGCACCAGUUUAAAUGGACAGGUUUACAUUACAGGCGUUUUUGAUAAAGCUUCCCACACACCGCAAAUGCAGUAGUUGUGUCUGGACUGGAUGCAAUAAAAUACUCUACUGAACUUUAAAUAAAACAUUUAAAAAAGGAUGAAACUAGUUAUAGGUGACUUUCUAAAUUGUAUCCAGUGGUUCAAUUUUCAAAGAAUCAUUCUACAUUAGUGCUGAAUUACUCUGUCCAAGAAUUGGCUAUUUUUAUUUUAGUCCGGUUCAUUACUAUCCUUAUACAAAUUCAAAUUGAGUGCAUAAGUGUGUUUAUCGGAUACUUUAUGGAAACUAGGACUAAGUGAUUUUUUUUAAAAACCUUACCUGGUUUGUCACAGAGAUAAUUUAUAUAUUUAUAUAUAUUUAAAAAAAAAAGUCAUUGUACUAUUUUGCAGGUGUAAGAGUUUCAGGAUUUCUUUCAGAAGACGAUAAAGGAUAUCAUCAGAAAAGUAUCACUAGCUUCCUAUGUCCGAGUAAGUCCUCCAGCUCUACUUCUGGAGAGAGGCCAGCUAAAUCAAAUCAGGAGAUCGCAGCCUCACUUCUACCCAGAGAGAGUUUCUUUAACCAGAAACGUGCGGCCAGAGAAAUCCAAGAACACAGUCCUUGUAAGCUUAAUAAUAGAGAGGAGAAGAUGCCAUUUGUAUCAUCUGAGGACAAAAGGAAGGAGGCCACGUUGGAAGACAUGGACAUGAAUGAAGAUCUCACAUGUCCAAUUUGCUUCAUGAAAGAAAGCAGUUGGGAUCUCGAAGGGUUGAAUAAGCACAUUGACUUAUGUUUGAGUAAGACUCCAGUGUCCAGUGUCAUAAAAAAAUUGGACAAAGAUGAAAAUAGCACUUUUCUAAGGGGAAAACAUAAUGAUGGUGAUGAUGACUAUAGUUUAGAAGAUUUUCAGUCUGUUGAUGUCCAUACAAAGAAUCUCGUAAACAAAAUUGUGGACACAAGAACCUAUUGUGAUUUGGACAAAGGUGUUUUUAACGAAAUCCGAGCUUUAGAGGAAUUGGGUGAAGAAGUGCAAAUGGACUAUAAUCAUUGUGCCUUGACUGAUACAAAUACAAAGGGUUACCACCAGAUGCCUUCCGAAAAUAUUUUAUUUGAAUGUGAAUCCAAUUUUAAAGAGCCUGUUAAUGAAAAGUUGUCAUCGCAGCCAAGUACCUCUGUUUUACUGGAGAGCCCGGUAUUCAUCUGCCCAAUCUGUAAUUCAAAGCAAGAUAGCACAGACUUGGCAGCAUUUAACAGACAUGUAGACGUUUGCCUAAAUAGAGGCAUUCUAGAAGAGAUGUCAGUGGAAAUAAUUGAUGUGAAAAAGGAGUCUCCCUUGACUAAUCACAAGCAGACUGGUGAGUAUUUUUGAGCAUACCAUCCCUGCCCCUAAUUAGCAAGGACAAUCCCUAGAUUGGCUCCAAAUCCCUCUAUCCCUCAUUGCUAUCCUAAUGUCCUUCUGUUUAAUGAGUUAUGUACUGUUGGUGUGUCUGUGUGUAUAGCAGAGCUUCAUAGCAAUAAAUCUAGCAGUAAUAUGUCUUUAAACUGUAAUAAUUGUGUUUACAGUCUGAGUAAGUAAGAUGACUUUGGUCUAAAGGUUACUUGCCACUGCAAAACUCCUCCUACUACGUGAUCUUUGGGAAUGUGCGGGGUACCCGCAUGCACAGAAGUCCUCCUGUCACAUGACAUUUGAUUUAAGAAGGGGUUCACCAUGUGUUGUAUUUGCUAUGUUUAGUUUUGUACCUGGGUUCGAACUAUACCUGAGAUUUAGUAACAAUGUAAAAGAUUUUGCAAUGUGCUCUGUUCUAAAAAGUUGUGAAAACCUGUAUCACCAUAGUGAUUACUCCACCAAUUUACGAUUACUUAAUCAAUACAUCAUUAAUUGGGCUGUGAUAAAUGGAUAUCUUUAAAGGGAAACUAUAGUACCCGGAAAACACAUUUGUUUUUCUGGCACUAUAGCUUCCCCCUCCAUCAAACCCCGUGAUGCCAAAGGGGAUAAAAACCCCUUCUGUCACUUCCCUUGGUCCAGCGCUGGCUUGGGUCCACCUUCUCUCUUCCCCCUCCAUCAAACCCCGUGAUGCCAAAGGGGAUAAAAACCCCUUCUGUCACUUCCCUUGGUCCAGCGCUGGAUUGGGUCCACCUUCUCUCUUCCCCCGACAUCGGCUGGCGGGGGAGACCUAAUGUCUGGCAAUGGCCGUGCUUGAAUUAAGAAUUAUUCAAUGCUUUCCUGUGGGGUUUUGGGUGACGCUGGACUUCCCCAUGCAUAUCAAUGAAAGUCCCUUUAGUGGCUCUGGUAGACAACCACUAGAGGUGAAGUUAACCCUAGCAUGCAAGUAUUGCAGUUUCAUAUCUUGUCUUCUAUUUUUUAAUUAAUAUAUUGUCUUUUGUAAGACAGUGGGAACUGUUUUUUUGUUUUGUUUUUGUUGUUGUUUUUUUAGCAUGUAUGAAUUGCUUGAGAAGAAAUUCUGAGUAAUAUAUAUUAGAUCUGUGUGUGUUUAUUUUAAAGGGGAUCUGUCAUGGCAAAUACAACUUAAUCAUAAAUGAUAAAAACAUAAAAUUUAUGAUCUACAUUGUGCAAGCAGAAUUGAUUGCAAAUGUCUAGAUUUCUUUAAAAUCAGAGGUUUCCCCUUCUGUCAGUUCAGACUGUGCUGAUUAGAAGGCUGUUAUCAGUGAAAACAUCCUCUGGGCAUCUCUCCUGCUUGCCUUCAGCCAAAGGGAAAGCAUCUCCUGCAAGGGGGAGAAGGGAUGAGGAGCAGGCUCUGUGUGAGAGCAGCUGUAGCACAGAGAAAAGAAUCCUGAAUGAAAUAUCACAGGAACUUUGGACAGGCAAUCUGCAUUUUGAGAGAGAGCUCAGAUGUUUUAUUUAAACAGAGCCAACAUUGUGUUGGGGACAGUUAACCUGUUAUAGGAUGUAAAUCUGUGCUUCCCAAAAAGGAGUAUGCAGGGAAGGUGCGUCCUUAUAUGAUGUAAAUCUGUGCUUCCCAAAAAGGAGUAUGCAGGGAAGGUGCGUCCUUAAGCAGGUGUAACAUCCACGGAAAUAUGAUUGAUGGUCUUAGCAGGAGUCAGGGGAAUUGGAAAUAAAUUAAAAUAUAACCUGUUAAUAAUAUUAAGAAAUGGUACACGCUGGACAUUCAGAGAGUGGAGACACUCUCACGGCUGAUGGUACAUGUGGCGAAACCAACCUUGCCACGAAGCAUUGGAGAAGCCUGGUUGCUCGCCUGUUGCCAUUGGACUAUGGCCCCAUGUUAAAAAGCCCUCUUGCUUCUGCAUUCGGUCAUUUAACCGGAUACCUGUUCAUUCGGUAGUUUAACCGUAUGAACAUCAUUACCCCAGAUAGCCAUGCCAUGGAGCCUAUUCGUGUAACGAAAGACUAUGGGAAAGACUUUGGCUCCAUGGCGAUUGAACUGUAUGUGCACUUGGAGUCUUGUGAUACUGAUUGUGAUUUGUUGUUUUUUUUGGAUUGUGGUGUUCGAUAAAAUAAUCAAAUGCAGAACUUAUAGGGUGUGAUUUUGUGAAAUAUUGAUUGCACUAGAGCUUUACGUAUCAGACAUAACUUUGAUUCUGAAAUAUUUUAAUGCUUGAUAGAUGGGUCUCUAAUUGAGCCAAUGCACAGUUUUCAGUGACAUGCCCCAAAAUGGGAGGAUUGAGCCUCUAGUACAGCAUAUACUUUGGGACCAUCCUUUCCAACGUGUCCCUACUGCUUCUUUUUGUGGGUCUGGAGACAUUCCUGUUUCCAGAAACGCUGGAUUACAUUUGUAAAGUCUGGAACCCUUGUUUCUCAGGGAACAUAUUUAGGAAUUGUCACAAAUAGUAUGACAAUGGUAUUGUGUGGUUCUUGUAACUGCUUGCUGCUUGCAUCACAGUAUCACCCACACAGUGAAAAUAUAUAAUGUGUUAUCAUGUCAUUUGAGCCAAAGUAUAUGGCUGUUUAUUCAUCUUCUCUCCUCCUGAUUCAUUUAUCCAUGACUGAUGGAAUUAGAGACCGAUUGUGACAGACCGCCUGGCACCCCAACCAGGUACCUCUGUCAAUCGCUGCUUCCUAGUACUUGCGAGCACCAUAAGCACUGUACUGGAACACCAUAACCACCGUAGACCACACGAAACGCCGCAGCUUGGUUGGGGUCUCGCUGUCCUCCACUCACCCUGGACCCAAGACCAGGAUCCAGCUUCCAGUGGGUAGACCUCUCCUAGUCCAGAGAGCGUAGCAGGAACAGCUCUUAUAAGAGCUAGUGAUUAUACUCAGGGGAGUAUUGUGAUAUAGCAAACCCCAAAGUGAAUGUAGUUCUCCAAUCCCCCAAACAUGAGCCAAGACUUGGCCACACUUGGCCUUCUAUGACAAUCCCCAUGCAAGGGGUACGCCCACAGGGACCUUGUGGAGGACUGAUUUGCAACUUCACAGAUCAAUAACAAUAAGGUUACAAGGCACGACACUCCCACACACAGCACACAAUCACUCCCCUCUGCCUGGGAGGUAAUUGGAUCAGUAACUGUACUAAUUCUAAUCCAAUUAUCUCCAAGCACAGAAAAAAACAUACUUUUUUAAAACAUCCCAAAAGUACCCUAAAAAUACAUUAAACCCCACAACAUCCCCUGAUAGCCCUGAUCUGGGGGACCAACAUAUCCAAAAAUCACCCAGAUCAGUUCAGGGGUUCAGGAAUUUCCUGGAAGUAAUUUAUUUGACCGAUCGCAGGCAUGGUCCCAUAGCCAAAAAUAGUUCCAUAGAAUCGUGGGUAAGUGCCGCUGGAGGACUGACCGGGAACCGCAAAGUCUUCAGGCCGAAAAUAGUUCCAGGGCAUUCACGGCUAAGUCACCCUGAAGUCUAUUCGCGGUUUUGGGCCAUGCGAACAAGAUGGCUGCCACAUCAUGGUCGUCAAUAGGAAUUGCGGCCACCCAGACGAAGACUUAGACCACUGCGGUGGAAAUUGCAACAAUGUAUCCAUUAAGCUUAACAAGCUCCAGGGUGGUCAGCGGUUCGUGCGGCUGCUCAGUUACCGAACCAUAUAAUUCCAAUAGACAAACUGAGACUUUUAUAUCACAGUUUACAGGGUCCAAUGUCUAUGGGCAGGAGGCUGGCAAGCAGGCCCCUCCAAGAACUUGUGGCAAACUUGAAAAGAGGAGUUUCACACUGAUCUUUUAAUCUUUCCCCACCCAAAUUCACUCACAUUCAUUGUCAUCCAGCUCACGAUUCAUUCACAUACCAAAGGACAAGUUUGACUUCACUAUUUUUAGUUUAGCUAAUGACAUUCAUUGAUAUGAAAUCUGACAAAGUCUUACCAUCAUUAUUGUUCCUGUGCUGAGAAUGAAGGAUAGCAAAUACCUCCCUGUCAUGCCUUCUAUAACUCCUGCUCUUUAGAAAGAGCGUAGAAUUCAGUCUUUACAUUGUUUUACUAGAAAAUGUACAGAUUGUGAGAAAAACCUAUUUAAAUAUAGGUCUUCCUCCCAUCUCUCAGUCAGUUCUUCGGCACAAACUCUUUGCCAAAGAAUGAACUGAGUUGGUCGUUCUGUUCUCCCCACAUAGCAACCACAAUGCUGUGGUUGCUAUGGAAAGGGAUAUGACGUCACUCUGUGCAAUUAAGCCAGAGUUGCUUAUCCUGCUUGAGGAAGGCAGGGUGAUCACUGAAAAGACCGGGCGGACUGGAGGUCGGUGUUACAUGAAGAGUAACUCCCACAAAGAUGAGGAGAGGGCCGAUGGUAUGGUGAGUAGAUCUUUACAUUUUAUUGAAUGCAUCAUGUAUCUUUAUGAUGCAUUAUGUAUUGAAUGCAUUUGGGGGGGAGGAUUUAGGUAAACUUUAAUAUAGAAACAUAGAAAGUGACGGCAGAUAAGAACCAUUCGGCCCAUCUAGUCUGCCCAAUUUUCUAAAUAUUUUUAUUAGUUCCUGGCCUUAUCUUAUAGUUAGGAUAGCCUUAUGCCUAUCCCACGCAUGCUUAAACUCCUUUACUGUGUUAACCUCUACCACUUCAGCUGGAAGGCUAUUCCAUGCAUCCACUACCCUCUCAGUAAAGUAAUACUUCCUGAUAUUAUUUUUAAACCUUUGUCCCUCUAAUUUAAGACUAUGUCCUCUUGUUGUGGUAGUUUUUCUUCUUUUAAAUAUAGUCUCCUCCUUUACUGUGUUGAUUCCCUUUAUGUAUUUAAAUGUUUCUAUCAUAUCCCCCCUGUCUCGUCUUUCCUCCAAGCUAUACAUGUUAAGAUCCUUUAACCUUUCCUGGUAAGUUUUAUCCCGCAAUCCAUGAACCAGUUUAGUAGCCCUUCUCUGAACCCUCUCUAAGGUAUCAAUAUCCUUCUGAAGAUACGGUCUCCAGUACUGUGUACAAUACUCCAAGUGAGGUCUCACCAGUGUUCUGUAUAAUGGCAUGAGCACUUCGCUCUUUCUACUGCUAAUACCUCUCCCUAUACAACCAAGCAUUCUGCUAACAUUUCCUGCUGCUCUAUUACAUUGUCUGCCUCCCUUUAAGUCAUCAGAAAUAAUCACAAAGAAGUUCUUUCACCUGACUGCAUAUCUGCUUCUAACGGCACUGUUGUAUGUAAACAGGAUCUUGAGAUGUACGAAAAAGCAUUGCAAGCUGUAAAUGCCUUCCCUGUGAGAACAACUAAAGCAAAGGCUACUGUGGGUGCUGUUUUUCCCAUAAAUCUGGAAGAAGGACGUAUGGCAUGGAUGCCUACGGGAUACUGUACCUCCUACCAGAGUUUUUGACCUUCCAGAGGAAGAGGGUGAAUCCGACCUCUACAAAGAGCCUGUUCACGCCCAGAGGGCGUUCUUAAAGGGGGGGUACUGUCACAGUUCUCACCGCGACAUCCAGACUGCCAGACGAGGUCGCCCCAGAAGUGCCCAACAAGGGAUUUGAACUUUGUGGACCUGGGCCUGUUGUUUCUCCUUUGAGCCACCUUACCAGUGACAAGUUCACUUUAAAGGAACUCUCCAAGCACCAUAACUACUUCAGCUCACUGUAGUGGUUACUGUGCAAGUAGUGCCCUGGAGCCCCUAUUGUAAGGAGUCAAACUGGUUUUGAAUGGUUUGACUUCUUACCUGGGGUCUGAUGAGGUCUUGGGGGGUGGGGGAGGGAGGAGAUCUAGGGUAUGCUGCUCCCUGCCUACACUACCACCUCCCAAGAGCUGAAAGUUCCUCAGUAAGACUUCAGUUCGCUUGCCUCAUUAGCUGAAAGCGAUGAGCUGGUGCUCAGCUUUGGAAAGCGACUGGAGGUUCCUGCUGAGAAGCUUUAGGCUCUUGUUAGAUGAUAAUAGAGGCAGGGAGCAAGGUGUAGUGGCUAUUGUGCUUGUAGUGUUCCUUUAAAGGAACGCUAUAGUCAUCUAGACCAUUUCAUCUGAACAAAGUGGUUGUGUGCAGUUUUCCUCUCAUUUUAACCCUGCAGUUUGAAACACUGCAUUUUUUUUAGAACUGCGCUGUUUGCAUUGCAUGGUUAAAUCCGGUUUUAGUGGCUGUCUUCAUGAACCAAUGGAUUGGAGGAGAUCGCCAACACAUCAGAAGGCAUGUUGAUGUCUUCGAAGGUGGAGCUGGCAGCUGCAGCAGAGGAGUCUUGGACCUGGGAGCAAAGGGUAAGUAAGGAGGGUGGGCAGGAAGGAACCGAAGAGUUCCUUUAUCUCAUGAAGAAAAUUAGGAUAUAGCACCUCUUAUUCACACACAUUUCAAGUUUGCACUCAUCAAAAACUCGCUAACAUAGUUGUGCAUUUGGGGUAUGGUUUUAUUCACUAAAUACCUAAUACAGUAAAAUUUAACCCAAUUUGCUAAAUUUAGGCAAAAAAGCUGAUUUAGGAAUUCUCCAACUUGACUACUAUUACAAAUCUAAUUUUUUAUUUUUUUUUUUAAAUCCUUGCAUUUGGAUUUUUAUUUCACUUCAGUAUAGUGUUUUUGUGAUGAAGCAUCAUGUAUCUUUCACCCGUUGGUGGAGAGUCAAAGAAAAGAGAUUUCACUUACACCAUCUAAAAUAUUGUAGGUGUAAUGGCAAAGCUGUUGCUCUGUUCCUGACAAAAAGAAUGUGAUGUCAGCCGCCAAUCAAAACCUGUGGUUGGUUUAUUAGUUCCUAAUCUUUCCGGGGCGCAGAAAAGAGAAAAGUUUAGUUUUUUUUUUUUAGUUUUUGAUGAGGUUGUAUUCACAAUGCCCAAGAUUAGCUCAUGGUAUCAAUUUAUAUGAGUUUGCCAAGUACCAAGUUUGUGGACAGCCUAAGUUACCUAAAGUACCUCCUUGAUUUAUCUACACUAAAAUUCAUAAAUUAUCUAGUACUUUAACUAUUAUCUAAUCUAAUCACACACCAGCAUACCUCAUUACUUACCUAAUUAACUACUGAGUUCAAGGCCGUUUUGUCUGGAUUGCAUAUUCUAAAGUAGUUUAUUUACUAUUUUGCCAGUUGCCCUCUCACCCUCUGUUUCCUUGUGUAUAACCAGCAGGUUGACAAAGGAUGGAGCUUUAAUCAAGCUCCACAGCAUAUGUCAACUUUGUCAUCGGCCCAUAUAAUUGUCCCUCCUGCGAUGUGUCACUGGUCCUCUCAAGUGACUCUCACAGGAAAGCCAACUGAAGUCAGGGACCGCAAACUGGUUAAACUAGGCUUGCACAUGAUUUGACGCACAUGUUCUAUUAUAGGCAGAGGAUACCAUUUCCAGGCACCAAUGUCUUAGAUACUUGAACAUGGCAUAGCAGCACCUAUAAUGAAAACACAGAGGGUCCAGUAAUCUGUCAAUUAGGUGAACUGAUGGACGGAUCCAAAGAAUCCAAAUAGAGACAGAUCGCCUUUAAAUGUGGACUUUCAUAUGUUGCCCGAUGACCUUGGCUGCAUUGCUUUCAAGACGUGGAGUUAAAUCAAAGACUGGAACAAUUCCAAAUACAAGUUAAUAAAUGAAAACUGCGGGCUUAGUGCCCAGAACAGAAGACAAGAACCAGUUGAAAGGACAGCAAACCUGGCAAAGAUAUCUCUGCUUUUAACUGAAUCCUUGUAAAACACACUGAUGAUUGUUCCCAUUGCUCACUGUGAUUUGUAAAUAUGAGUUCAUGUUCUUGUGAGGUCUCAGGGACAUGUAUUAAUAUCCUGAAUAUGGAUUAACGACCCACCACAGGAGUUUUAUCGUCAUCUUUCACCAUCAUUCACUAGCUUUUCUGCAGAGCUGUAAAUUGUCAAUGUAUCAAUACAAAGUGUACAUUACACAAAAAUAGUUACCAAACAAUCUGCUCUUUAAAGGACCACUAUAGUGCCAGGAAAACAUACUCGUUUUCCUGGCACUAUAGUGCCCUGAGGGUGCCCCCACCCUCAGGGACCCCCUCCCGCCCGGCUCUGGAAAGGGGGGGUUAAAACUUACCUUUUUCCAGCGCUGGGCGGGGAGCUCUCCUCCUCCGAUCCUCCUCUUCCUCCUCCUGGGCUGAAUGCGCACGCGCGCAAGAGCUGCGCAAGAUUCAGUACGCAUAGGAAAGCAUUAUCAAUGCUUUCUAUAUGGACGCUAUGCUCUCACUGUGAUUUUCACAGUGAGAAUACGCAAGCUUCUAGCCAGACAGCCGCUAGAGGCUUUGGGGGAAGGCUUAACCCAUUUAUAAACAUAGCAGUUUCUCUGAAACUGCUAUGUUUAUAAAAAAAAAUGCGUUAACCCUAGCUGGACCAGGCACCCAGACCACUUCAUUAAGUUGAAGUGGUCUGGGUGCCUAGAGUGGUCCUUUAAGGGCUAAUGUAAGACAGAUCUGUACAUUAUAGAGGUGAGACUGUAAGAAACAAACUAAAACUUAAAAGAACACACAACACAAAACCUGAAAAUAAAGCAAAUCACUAUUUAGUACAAAUACCCCCAAUAAAAACAUGCAUGCAUUUAUUUGUACAUUUAGGCAUUGCGUUAUAUCUAGAAAAAAAACAUGUCUGCAGCCUUUGCAAUCGCUCCCUGUUUUCCGGUCAGUGGAGUCAACAGAAGAUGAUUGACAGCCAGGGCGUCAUUUCUUAAUUCACUUAAUUUCCCUAUUAUAAAGUGCAUUUAGGAUGAGAGGCUCGUUCACUUCAGGAGCUGAAGUGCUUUUUGUGUUUAGAGUGGUCCUUUAACCACUAAUGUAUCUGGCGCCCCUAUUAGGGCUUCACAGCUCACAAUGUCAAAUCCUGCAUGACUACCCAGGCCAGGGGUUAGUUGUACUUGCAAAGCUUUUCAAAUAUGUGACCUCUAGAGAUAACUUUUCAGGUUUUACAACUGGAAGCGGUUUGACUUGCACAAUGUGCAACUAAAAUUGCAAUCAUGUCAAACAAGUUAAUGGGAUAUUCCAAACUCUUUAACCCCUACAGUCCAGUGAUUAUAAUGGCGCUCUAGUGGAUACAGUGCCAUUUACGAACAGCUUGACACUUACCUGGGUCCCUUCGGCUGACACUCUCUACAAAUGAAUUACCUGAAAACUGUCAUGAACUUGAUAGAGGAAAAGAAAAGGUCAGGCUUAAAAAGGUCAGGCUUUCGCUGCAUGGGGGUGACUGGAAGCUGCACAUGCUCGUGGGUGGGCCCUGUUAAGUGCCAUACCAUUCACAAAUGCUUCAAACCUAUUCCAUAGGACCUUUGGCACCAUAAGCACCACAGUGAACUGAAGUGUUUAUGAUGCAUGGAGGGCUCCUUUAAUCACUGUGUAUGUAUAAGGACAAAAGAGGAACUUUCUUGUGAUCUCUCUUCCCUAUAGGCUGUGCUUUUGCAACAUUUGAAAUACUCGCUGUACGAUACCGGAGCUUAGUAAGGGCUGUGGACAAUAGGUAGAUUUCUAAAAUUUCUGCAAUACAGAAUUUUAAAUUGCUGCAGUUAUUUAAUGCUACUCUUGAUUACCACAGAUAUCACCUGUACAGCAACUGUCAAUAAGCUGCUGUGACACAGCACCGAGGAACUUCAGAGGCUGUUUAAUAAGAUUUUGAUAUCUGUUCAAAAGAUGAAUAAGUGGUACAUGGUUAUGGGCAGAGCUUAUCCAUAUGUUAUGAAAAUGUUUCUACCAAUUCCCAAGAGAAGAAAGAUCAAAAAGACUAUUUCAGAUCUUCAAAGGUCUCCUGUUUGCUCAAUAAGAAAAGCAAUGAGUAAGGUGGGUCUACUAACCGAUACUAUCCCUGCAGUAAAAUGGGCAAGAGCAAGACCAUGACCUUUACAAUAGGGAAUAUUGCAAGCUUGGACCAAGGACCAAGAAGAUCUCCAUCCAAUCAUGACGGUCUCUUCCAAUACCCUGUUACAACGAUGGAAGGAAUCCAGUUUCAUUACAACAGGCCUGUCUUUCAAAUAAAACCAUUGGAUAGGAAUUACAACAGAUGCCUCAAACAUUGGAUGAGUUGCUCACAUUCAUUCUCAAAUGGGGAAAUGAAAGUGGAAUUUUGUAGAAAGAAAAUCAUCAAAUUUCAAGAACUCCUGAGCUUUUUUCUUGCCGGGAAGGCAUUCAAACAAGAGAUUCUUCACAAAGCUGUACAGAUACAAUCAGACAAUGUUACGACAGUGCUAUACAUCAACAGACAAGGAGGUACAAGAGUAAAAGCCCUUUCAGACUUAUGUCAACAAGUUCUAUUUUGAGCAGAAAUAAAUCUUUCGGAUCUCACAUUCAUUGAUAUCGGAGAGAUGGACAACAUUGUUGCAGACGAUCUGAGCAAAUGCAGAUGUAGGCAAGCAUAAUGGUCCCUCACGACAAAAGUAUUCAACAUGGUUAUAAAAAAAAAUGGUGUACUUGAAAAGGAGUUUAUGGCCACAAGACAAAACAGAAAGCUUAGAAGACCUGCUUUCCUGCAUAAACAAGACCUUCCCAAAUCCCAAUAAUCUGAAUUCCCUUUUUCCACCUAUUGCAGUCAUUCCAAUUGUCCUCAGAAAAAAUUGUCACGAUUCCUUAUUGGCCAAACAGGAGCUGAUACUCGGAACUCAAUGAAAUGGCAGAAAACCAUAAAUCACUUUAUUGUCUGCCAGAUGUGUUUCAUCGCCGUGUCCCCCACAUUAUAUGCAUAGACAGAAUUUGGCAACUUCCUGUAGAACCUCAGCUGUUGGUGAACAAUGGGAAUUGACUAGAAACCCUUCUAAUAUGCAAACUUAAGGCAUGGCUUCUGCAAUGAUGAUUCUGUAAAAACAAGGCCUCUCAAAAGAUUUGAUCGAAGUCCUCCUUAAUUCUGCUAGAAAAUCCACAUUUAGGACUUAUUAAAGUACCACUCUAGGCACCCAGACCACUUCAGCUUAAUGAAGUGGUCUGGGUGCCAGGUCCAUUUUCAUAGAAACUGCUAUGUUUAUAAAUGGGUUAAGCCUUCCCCCAAAGCCUCUAGCGUCUGUCUCAUUGACAGCCGCUAGAGGCGCUUGCGUGAUUCUCACUGUGAAAAUCACAGUGAGAGCACGCAAGCGUUCAUAGGAAAGCAUUAUGAAUGCUUUCCUAUGUGACUGGCUGAAUGCGCGCGCAGCUCUUGCCGCGCGUGCGCAUUCAGCCGCAUGGGAGGAGAAGAGGAGGAUCGGAGAAAGAGAGCUCUCCGCCCAGCGCUGGAAAAAGGUAAGUUUUUACCCCUUUCCCCCUUCCAGAGCCGGGCGGGAGGGGGACCCUGAGUAUGUUUUCCUGGCACUAUAGUGGUCCUUUAACAUAUAUGAAAUAAAUUCUGCUUAUGGUGCAGUGAAGACAGUUGUGAUGAUUUGAAACCUUCCAUUCUUAAUAUUUUGACAUUUUUGAGAUCAGGUAUUUCUCAAGGUUUGUGUAUCUCCACCCUUAAGGUACAGAUUUGAGCACUUAGUCAUUUUACAGGAUUAUUAUUUAAACAUUUUGAUAAGGAGAUUUCUAAAAGCCAUCUGGCAGUAACAGCCUCCUCAAUAGUUAUCUUCCUUCCAGAGAUCUAUGUUUAGUACUUUAAGUAAAAGUCCAUUUGAACCUGUUAAAGAAGUUCCAAUAACAUUUUUAUCAGCAAAGUUCGCUUUUCUAAUUGCAGUCACUUCGGCAAUAAUUGGGAGAUAUUCCGGCACUAUCCACAUCGGAAGAAUUAACAAUUUUCCAUUAAGAUAAAGUUAUUCUACAUUUAAAUCCAUCUUUUCACCAUAAAGUUUUAUGGAAAGAUAACAUCAAUCCGAUGAUCGUGCUCGCAUUGGUUUGUCAAAAUUCGUCAUCCACUAAGGAAUCCAGACUUCACCCAUUGGAUGUUAAAAGUUCUGGACAGCUUUCUUCUGUAGAUCAGAACAUUUUCCCAUCAAUUUCAAGGGUCGGUCAAAAGGAAAAGCAGCUUCUAAAUCCACUAUUGCCCACUGGGCUAAGGAAAUUAUCGUGUGUGCAUAUGAAUCUGUGGGUGGUAGAUCUUCCGAAAAGAAAAUAAAUCAAGGAUGAUUGUACUCGCGGGAUGGCAACUACAUGGGUAGAGAAAGCUCACACAUCCCUGGACGAUAUCUGCAAGGCCUCAGCAUGUUCGUCAUUCAACACCCUUGUCCAGCAUUACAGGCUAGACAUCCGUUCCUGAGCAGAAGCAUAUUUGUGACAUAACCCACCCUUAUUGGAUCUUGCUAAGUUACUAUGGUACUGCCGCUAUACCUUUGGAAAAUACGAAAUGUUACUUGGCGUCAACUAUUUUUUAAAUAAUUUUUUCUGUAGUAUUAGAGACCGUAAACAUUUUUCUCCCUGUUUAUUAAAUUAUAUUUUUGCAGUCAAAUUGUGUUUUCUGAUUGUCUUGUUACUACUUGGGUCUGCCGAUUCUACAAGGUAUUUAAGGGUUUAGAAGGGGGAGAUUCUAAUAAUAAAAAAUAUAAAAAUUUCAGGUUACCUGUCCCUAUAUAAGAACACCCCUUUGGUACUGCCGCUAAUACUCGCACAAAAUAAUUUAUGGUAAGUAAUUAUUUUUGUUUUACAAACAGCAGUUUUGAAACAAAAAAAUUGAAGCAGUCUGUGAGCUAAAUUACAACUCAGUGAUAAUUUUAAAACAAAAUAAUUGUUACUGUAUCAGUUCUGUCAUUCUCUUAUUCUAUAUUUGACUAACUCCCCAGUCCCUGCUAUUGGUGAGUAUGUGUGUAUAUAAGGGUGAUUUAGGUUAUUAGAAAUCAUUUUUUAUUUUUACUUGCCUCCAUUUUAUAUAAUAGUUUGUGUUUGGUUCAUCUUGUAACGGCUGUGUCUUGCAAAGUUUCUGUCUUGGCAAUAGGCAGGUGUUCCAAGGUGUUUCAAAGGAUUCUGAGAAACGAGUUGUUUACAAGUGCAUUUUUAUUGUCAAAGACCCAAAUAAUAGACUGGGCAUCCUGACAUUAAGGGUGUAAACAUGACAAAAACAAAUGUUAAAAUGAGACUUCUGUAAUCAUAAAAAAAGAAUAUAAAGCCGAGAAAAUUAGUAUAACUUUGAUCUAUCUGAAUCCCAUGUGAUUAGCAUUUCUCACUCAACAGUUAGUUCAUGGAGCACAGAAAGAAGAAACUAGAAAAGAAUUACUUUGCCUUAUUCAAGUUUAUUUCCCGUAACACAGGGGAGGGCUGACUACGUUUGGUUUGUGGGAAAGUACGAAUGAAUGGCUAUUUUUGCACAUGAAUAGUGUUGAUGUAUCAGUGGAUGGCCACCAUGUGGGUUUGACAGAUGGAGGCUGAAGUUGUGAGGUGUGACAUAAACUCCAUCAGUAUGACCUAUGCAGCAUGAGGAAGCAGUUCCAGACAUCUCUGCGUGCCCAAGAGAUGCAAACUCUUACGUCUAUGACUCCAUUGAUACAAAUGUUUCAUCUUAACCUACAGCCACGUGCAAACACCUCCACGGACACCGUACACAGUCAUCAUUGUAUGGCAGCUAGGUUGGUCCCAGAUGUCUCCUCAGUUGGCUAGUUUAGGCCUAAAAAUCAUUGAGGUUGUGAUCCACCAGCUGAAAUACAAACCCACACAGUGUUAGGCUAGUAAAAGCCCUGUACAAUUCCUGCUUACUGUCUCACUCAUGUUUUGAGCCAUUAGACAUUUUAACAUGCCUUAGGCUUCUAAUCAGUAGAAGAAUGUUAUGAGGCUGCAGCCUACAAAUUCUGUGUGCAAGUGGCCCGGGGGUUAUUACCUCUGCCAGCCCUACCCUAGUAUAUGUAUAAAGGCAGAGUAGGUAAAGGGAACUAGUUAAAUGUUCUGAUGUUGUAAGAUUGAGAUGAAUGGGUAAUGGGCACGUGGCCAAGGUUUCUGAGGAUGUAAGAAUCGGAACGGUGAGUAAAGGGGGCCGAUUGAGGUUUAUGAUAAUGUAAGUAUGGGGAGUGUAGGUAAAGGGGCUGGUUGAGGUUUAUGAUGCUGUAAGGAUUGUAAGAAUGAGUAGAGAGGAGCUGGUUGAGGUUUCUGAUGAUGUAAGGAUUGAAAGAAUGGGUAAAGGGGGCUAGUUGAGGUUUCUGGUAAUGCAAGGAUUGGAAGAGUGGUUGAAGGGGGGCUUGUUGAGGUUUCAGAUCAUGUAAGGUUUGGAAGAAUGGCGAAAGGGGGGAUGGUUAAGGUUUCUGAUGAUGUAAGGAUUGGACAAAUGUGUAAAGGUGGGCUGGUUGAGAUUUCCGAUGAUGUAAGGAUUGAAACAAUGGAUAAAGUGGGCUGAUUUAGGUUUCUGAUGAUGCAAGGAUUGGAAUAAUGGGUAAAGGGGGGCUGGUUGAGAUUUCUGGUGAUGUAAGGUUUGGAAUAAUGGGUAAAGGUGGGCUGGUUGAGAUUUCUGAUGAUGCAAGGAUUGGAAUAAUGGGUAAAGGGGGGCUGAUUUAGGUUUCUGGUGAUUUCAAUUCUUGAGAAUGUUGGUAAAGGGUAAUACUCAAGGUUUCUCAUUAUGUAAGUAUGAUGAGAUUGGGUAAAAGUGGAGACUGAUAAGCAUUUCUGUUGGCAAGAAUUUUCUUUUAAAUAUAUAAUACGAGUUGACUCACAUGUUACUUAGAUAAGAACAAAUGUUUAUUGAAAGGAAACUUGCUUUGCUAUCUCCCCCUCCCAGGGUGUGAAUAAUUAGUUUACUUUAAGUGUUAUUUCUCUAAAGGCAGCUUUAUUAUUAUUUAAUAAAUCCAACCUGUUUCACUUCUAUUUAAAGUGGUUAUUAGCAGUGUGAGGAACUGGUACUUGCAGAUUGUUCAUUUGACGUGGGUUGCUGCGUCCUUUUGUGUGUCUAUUACCAGAACAGCUGGAAUGAUGUUAAAUGGACACUCGCGUUCAUUGCUUGAUGGAUUCCACUUCUCCGCAAAGAGGAUUAUUGUAGCUGUGCAUAGGUCUACAUACAGCAUAACACCAACAAAUAGGAAAACAGCUCGGAAAAACUAAAUUGUAACAAAUGAUAGCGUGGCUGCAUUUGUUACUGUUUAAGACAUGUACACAGUAAUGGCUGGCUAGUGUUCAUUGUAACAAAACAGGAUGAACGUUUAUUGAUUUAAAGUUCUACAUGCGGAUCCUGAGCCUAAUGACUUGUUUUUGUGAUAAAUCUCGGUCUUGCUGUAGAUGUGAAAUACACAAUAAACGGGAGCACUCUACUUGACUAAUACUGGUUUCCGUUGCUGUCUUACGUGUUUACACCAUUUAUCAUUCUGCUUUUUUGAGUAGUGUCUGUCUGUCUCUGUCUACAAAAUAUAAAUUAAAGAACAGCGCACACACACACAAACCGUUUUAAAUUUUGCAAGCCUACUUAAAAUCACCUACCGCAGCAAACCAUACGGCCAUGUUGUGCACCUUAUCUUCGAGUUUUGUAUUUUUCUGAGUGUUUUUUUUAGCUUUACACUAAUUUUGGUGCAGCUUCUUUUUUGUAAAAUUUCUUGGUAUUAAUAUCUAUUGUUUUUAGACAUUUAUUACUAGCGCCUGUUUUUCACUCGUUCUGUGUGCAUGUUGUGUUAGGCCAACACUAUGACACUGUACCCCAAUACCAGUGGGUCCUACACUAAUUUUAACAUGGGAGGCAAACAACUACUUAAAUAGUGACAGUGCUAAAUUAAUAUAAAUUAAAUUAAAAGGCAUUGAUUUAUAUUUUUUGUGCGUUGUUAAUAUAUAUAUCCCACCCCCUCCUCCCCCAAAACAUUCCAACUUCCAGUGUCUAUCACACAUCUUAAUUGCUCUUGUCUCUGGUUUGGAAUGCUUUUAAUUGCUCUGUAAAAGUUCAGAGUAUUAAUACAAUUCUGAUCAUCCCACAUAGAACUAUUAUAAGAUAUUGUAAGGGAUGCACGUUUAUGGAUAAAACCCAUACAAAUGUUAAAGUUCAGCAAUUUUCAUAUUCAGAGAAAUAACAUUUUUUUUUUUCAAACUGCAAUAUUUUAUAACAAGUGUGUUGAAAUUGCUUUGUGGAUUAUCCAGAUCUUUGAGUGUGUGUUGUAUGGCUUUUACACUAUCUCCAUCCGUUAUUCAGUUUUCAUUUCCCCCGGACCCAAAUACUAUGUUUAUCCCCACAAUUUCCCUCCCAUAUAAUUAUACUUCCAGUCCCCACAUCUCUCUAUUAUCCUUUUCUUUUUAGAAUUAUGUUUCACGGUUUCAAUAGAUCUAUUUUUUUUCAUCCUACAGACCACAUCGGAAAAGGAAACCGGAGUAAUAAUGCUACCAAGCAGAUGAAAAGGUAUGAUAUGGGAACGACACAAUGUUAAUAAUGUUUGGGUUUAUAAAUGUGUUCCUGUGUUUGUUAUACAAAUAUAAAUUCUAUGGCGUUUAUUCACUAAACGCCAAAUUGUAGUGAAUUUAAGAUGGAAUGUAUCUAUUCGGAUCUCGUGUAGUAUGUAUAGGUUAGUUCAUAAAUUGAUGUAUUAUGUAUUUUCGAUUUUCUUUUCUUCACAGGUCAGGGGUAUCGAGCCAGAAUCCCGUGUCCAAGAAACCUAAAUCAAACUGCCCUACGAAGACAAUUGACAGAUUUUUUAAAUAGUACCUUUAUAUUGAGAGUUUCAGUCUGUCCCUGCUGCCAAUCACUGGUAUAGUUUGGUGCAUGAAUUGAAACCACAUUUCUUAAUUUGGGUCAGAAUAGUAGAGAAAAAUCUCCUGAUUUUUAUAAUGAUAGCGGAAAUAAAUCCACAACCUGAUGAGAUAUUAAAACAAUCUGUUUCACAGCAACAGAAAGACAUCCGUGACGCAUCGUUAACCAGGUUACUCGCGAAAGUGUGAAUUGUCAUGCUUUCAAAGUGAUUUCAAAAUAAAUUUCACAUUUUAGGCCGAAACAGGGAAAAAAAAAAUAACUAUGCUUCCAGUUCAGCUCUUUGGUCCUGGGUUUAAAAUUGACUUGCAAUUCCCAACAAGACUCACUUUAGUUGAGUUAUUCACUAGUGGAACUUGUUUGGUAUUCAAAGUGAAUUUGACGUGCAAUAAAACGAUUAUUGCUAAAUUAAUUUCUAUCUAUUCUGUUUCCUUAUAAUAUAAUUUAUUUAAUAUUUUUUAUAGUUGUGGGUAAUAUGAAGAAAGCUUUGCAGAUAUCUUAAUGUUCUAUUUAAAAAUAUGC